GUUGUCAGUUAGGAGUUGGUGUUGCUGUGCUGGGAGAAGGGGCGGAGCUUCCCGCAGCAGGUGUGUGUGAGAGGUCACGGGAAGCAGCAGCCGCUCCCCGGAUCCCAGGACCGACCUCCCCCCGGUACCGAGCCCGCUCACCGAGCCGCGACCUCCGCCUUCCUCCCCUCACUGCUCGCAGACAUGUCCGCGGGAGGAGACUUCGGGAACCCGCUGAGGAAAUUCAAACUGGUCUUCCUGGGCGAGCAGAGCGGUGAGAGAGAAAUAAAAUAAUAAUAAUAAUAAUAUACACAGUGAUUAUAAUAUAUAAUAAAUAAUAAUAAUAUAAUAUACACAGUGAUUAUAAUAAUAUAUAAUAUAAUAAUAUAAUAUACACAGUGAUUAUAAUAAUAUAUAAUAUAAUAAUAUAAUAUAAUAUACACAGUGAUUAUAAUAAUAUAUUAUAUAUAGUGUGUGUACUGAGACAUUCAAACUGGUCUUCCUGGGCGAGCAGAGCAGUGAGAGAGAAAUAAAAUAAUAAUAAUAAUAAUAUACACAGUGAUUAUAAUAAUAUAAUCUACACAGUGAUUAUAAUAAUAUUAUAUAUAGUGUGUGUACUGAGACAUUCAAACUGGCCUUCCUGGGCGAGCAGAGCGGUGAGAGAUAUAUAAUAUAAUAAGUAAUAUAAUAAUACUACUACUAAUAAUUAUAUAUAUAUAUAGGGUGUGUACUGAGACAUUCAGACUGGUCUUUCUGGGCUAUCAGGGGAUGCAACUUUUCUGGGGGGUUUGUGUGUUUUUUAAGUUUUAUUUUAUUUAUUUUUUAAAUAAAAAUGUGUGUUUUCGUGUCUGGAGAUAAUUAAGUUAAUACUGUACUUGACUCAAUUAUCUCCCAGGCAGAGGGGAUGGAUUAUAUGAUUAUGUAUGGGAGUGUCAUGUACUUGAACAACUUUGUCAUUGGUCUGUAACUUUGUACUAUAGUCUUCCAUCAGGUCCAGUUGGGAGUACCCCUUGCAUGGGGACUUGCAUAUAAGGCUAGUUGUGGCUACCAUUAAACAAGUUCCUGCUUACCCUCAACAUAGUCUCAUCUCCAUGCUUGGGGGAAACGGCUGUAUCUACCCUGGGGAUUGCUAUAUCACUAUACUCCUCUGGGUUAUAAUCACUUGCUCUUGAAAGAGCAGCCUGCUAUGCUCUCUGGAGUAGGGGAGGUCUGCCCACUGGAAGCUGAAUCCUGGUCUUGGGUGCAGGGUGGGUGGAGGACAGCGAGACCCCAGCCAAGCUGUAACGCUGGAAGUGGGUACUUCGGUGCUGAUGGUGUCUGGUGUAAUGCUUGGAAGUACUUGGAGGUACUAGGAAGCAGUGAUUGGCCAGGCGGUCCAUCACAAUAUGCAUACACUUUCUAUAGUAUAGACUGAGCUGAGUGAGACGCAUACUGUGAUUUAUAGCAUGUACAGUGGUGGGAGAGUCAAACAGUGUUAUCCCCUAAAAUGUUAAUCGUUUGGAAAUGAAAGCUAACUUACAAUUCUUGGUGAUAAAAGCUAAAUUGGAAGCAUGUUUUCAGUCAUCUUAAUUUUUAGUUUGGCUAUUUCAGUCAAUAAUGUUUACAUUCCAAGCACUCCUGUUUAGUAUAACCCAGAUUGAUAAACAUACACUGUACAUUGGGUAAUAUAAAGUGUGGAGAGACACAGAUGUAGAUACAAUUGUUCUUUAAACGGGAUAGUGACAAGAGACAUUUACUAUGCUGUGUAGAGUGGUGAGAAACUGCCUUUACUGAGAGAGAUAGUGUCUGAUCCAUACUAACAUACAAAGCCAAUGGAAAUCGGAUCGAUGUGAUAUAUCUAUAAUAAUAAAGACAUAUAUGAAACUUUUAUAUAUCUCGAUCAUAUAUACCUGUUGAACAACACUGGGGAAUUUGUUGGUGCUUUAUAAAUAAUAAUACUGUGAUUUUUUUAAAACUGUGAAAAAGAAGCCUUAUAUAUAUUUUAGGUAAAUCAACACUUCUUUGGUACCCUGCUUAUCCAUGCAAAGCUAUAUUUAUUUUGAAGAUAUUGUGUUUGUUCCAAUAUCUUUCAGUUUUGUGUAAUAGACCCUAUAUGUAUUUACAGCUUACAGGCAGCUGCUACUGGUGGAAUUUGUACUCUCUGAACAAUUUAAAGGUGUUGGGGAGCAAUGUCUGUUGUAGUAUAUUGUCCUUAUUCGUGUGCAGCCACAAAAAGACACACAGGGACAUUGAACCUUUUUGUUUUUUUGUUUUGUUUUUUGUGCUAUUUAAAGAAAUAGUUUCUAGAAUAGUUGCUCAUAACAUCAGUGUGAAAUGUCAAUAAAUGCAAUGUAAUACUUCCCCCAGCUUGUGACAGCUCUACUACCGCUGUAUAAUCUUUGCUUUGUAACUGAACGGAAUCUAUUUUCUUUUUUUCAUUGCACAAUAUUUACAUGUCAAGAUACUGUGCAGAAUGUCUGUGCACCUAGUUGCAGACAAGCCUUGGUCACUAGGAAGUUAGGUGCAUUUAACUGAUGCUUAUCUUACAGAUUCCUCAAACACUUCACUAAUACUCUCUUAAACCUUUCAAAAGCAUGUGGUAAAUGAGAUCGACCUCUGGUGCUUCACAGGUUAAAGGUAAUUCGUCUUGGCAAAAGCAAAUAAUAUGAUCACUUUGAGAACGGGUAAAGGCUUAGAGAAACUCUGUCGCUUGCCCUAAAGUAAAUCCCCAUUUGGGUCUCCUGUUUUUGCUCACUUGUGCCGUUACAGAGCAAAUCUCCACAAUCAGAUUUAUCCCACAUAUAAAGGCAGUACAGAACAUAAUGCCAACAAAUACUCUGUGCACAAAACAUACAGCAACCCCGGACGAUCGUUUGGCCUCAGUGAUCACAGAGUGUUUUGACUAUUUUGAGACCUGUGCAGGUAUUUCAACUAAGCUUUUGUCCAUUCUCAGUGUUAUCAAAUUCUCUGUUUUUGUUGCAAUAUAUUAACGUGGGCUCUCCCAAGACGUGGACCCUGUGUCUAGAGGAGUGUCAGCUACACCUUGCUGACGAGGCCAAAAGAAGGCCGAUUGUCCUGGGUUGCUGUAUCUCUCAUGCAGAGGGAUCUUGCUGGCAUUUCGCUUCUGGACUGCCUUUAUAGGUGGGAAGGCCUGAUAUGCAAAUGGUAGAUGUUCACUCUGUAAUGGCACAAGUGAGCAAAGACUAACCAAAGGGGCAAGCUACUGAGUUCCUUUAAUCUGUUGUCCAUUCUCAGAGUUCUUAUAUUAUGUUUCUGUUCAAGUUCCCUAUUAACGGGAUGAUAAUGUUUGAACACUGGGAUUUAUUUACUAAACUCCCAAUUGUAGCAAAUGAAAAUCUGAAUGACAAAAUUCCGGCCAAAAUAGGGAGUUGUGACCAUAGCGGAGUUAGGGGAUUUUUUCAAACAUUGCAUCUUUGCAUAUGUUCUGCCAUUUGGCUUUCACUUAUAUACAAUUCAGAGUUAAGAUAAUUACCUCUUGUGUGAUGGUAUCUACCUUAGUGGAAAAAUAAUGAACAAUCUGCUACGAUGAUUUAUCAAUUUUCCUGAGUUACAUUGCAUCCAUAAAUUACCCAAGCAGGCCUGAUGCUAUGGACACUCCCAUAAUGCUGUGCCAACCACAUGGCAGAGCAUAAUAAGCGAUGCGGUAUAUGACAAGUAUAUGAUCGGUUUUGUGUGGACUUAUAUGAGGAUCAUGUCAGUAACCAUUUUCUAAUGUUAACCUCUCCACAAAACAUUUUAACAUGAAGUGCAAUGUUCGGAGUCCGUUAAUCCCUAUUGAUUUGGAGACUGAAUGGUCUGCGUGGGCUUUGUCCAUGUUAUAUGAAGUAUGGCCAGUGCCAGCUUGGUGACAGUGGUUUACUAAGUUGGUGCAAAUGGAAUAGUUUGGCCACUUUGGCUAUUUACCAAACACUUUACAUUCAUUAAGAGAGUCUUUUGAUUUAUUGGCAAUAAACCUGGGGCGAAGGUCUUGGUAGUUUACAGUUCAUGUUAUCUUUUUAAAUAUUUGUCAAGCAAUGUGAAGACUGUGCAAACCGAGGCAUGGACACUCUGUAUGUGAAGGUUUGAUUCGUUGUCUACACUUUUUCACGUUCCUGAUCGCGUUGUUCAAUAUGUGUCACACAUUUAAUCCUAUUUGCGUGUCCCAAAGGAGUGUGUGAUGGGAAGAGACCAAUCAUGCUUACUCAUUUGUGAUCAUUUCAUUUCUUGUGCUGAAGUGAGAAUCCUGUUGCUCCCCAGCCACGAAGGAACAUGGCUCUCAUGAUUUAAUUCCUCCAUGGUGUACCUUAUGUCUGCAGUGGGGUCACAAAACCCAACGCUGAGAUCUCAGACUCUGAACCUGUUCUUAGAUAAUAGAUUUUUAUUUUACUUGAACAAACCUAUUUAUUUUUAUUUCUGUUAUGUAGCUUAAGUAGUGUAAAAAAUGUAACCUUUAAUGAAAUUUGCUGGGGGUAGUGAGUCGGAUAACUUUCUCCAUUGUCCAGGCUUUGAAUUCUAUGCAGCAUUUAUAAUGGAAACACUGCCUGAGCACUUCCUGCACUAAAUCUGCUGUCACUAGUUCACUCAGUGGUACACAAGCAAUAUGGAGGGUGGGCAGGGGUGACUAAAGCAUGCAGUGCUUUUCUGUUUAGACAUUUAUUUGAACUCUGUACCCUGAUCACAUAUGGGAUGCCAGUCACAUUUGGGUGCUGGUUUCGUCACAGAAGGCAGUAAUAAAAAAUACACAGUAUUUCCCCAAAUAUUGUUUUAUAUAUACCAUACCAUGAUUCUAGUUUUAUUUUUCUUUGUAAUUCCAGUUUAAUAUUAUUCAUCCUUCGCUGCUAUCCUUAGAACCUCUGAUGUUUGUGAACAAUUCCCUUAAUUUCCAUUCAGUGCCUAGACUGGCAGAGACUCAUGGGAAGUAUUGCAAACAUCUGGGUACCAGUGAGAGCCACGACUGCCUUUUUGUUGGCUGUGCAUCCUGUGAAAUGUACUUCUCAACCAUCUAUAGCUAUCCUUACCUUUCAGAUCGCUGUGUAUUAUGGGUAAUGUACUUCCCAACCAUCUAUAGCUAUCCUUGCCUUUCAGAUCGCUGUGUAUUAUGGGUAAUGUACUUCCCAACCAUCUAUAGCCGUCCUUGCCUUUCAGAUCGCUGUGUAUUAUGGGUAAUGUACUUCCCAACCAUCUAUAGCCGUCCUUGCCUUUCAGAUGGCUGUGUAUUAUGGGUAAUGUACUUCCCAACCAUCUAUAGCUAUCCUUGCCUUUCAGAUGGCUGUGUAUUAUGGGUAAUGUACUUCCCAACCAUCUAUAGUCGUCCUUGCCUUUCAGAUGGCUGUGUAUUAUGGGUAAUGUACUUCCCAACCAUCUAUAGCUAUCCUUGCCUUUCAGAUGGCUGUGUAUUAUGGGUAAUGUACUUCCCUACCAUCUAUAUCCGUCCUUGCCUUUCAGAUCGCUGUGUAUUAUGGGUAAUGUACUUCCCUACCAUCUAUAUCCGUCCUUGCCUUUCAGAUCGCUGUGUAUUAUGGGUAAUGUACUUCCCAACCAUCUAUAGCUGUCCUUGGCUUUCAGAUGGCUGUGUAUUAUGGGUAAUGUACUUCCCUACCAUCUAUAGCCGUCCUUGCCUUUCAGAUCGCUGUGUAUUAUGGGUAAUGUACUUCCCUACCAUCUAUAGCUAUCCUUGCCUUUCAGAUGGCUGUGUAUUAUGGGUAAUGUACUUCCCAACCAUCUAUAGCUAUUCUUGCCUUUCAGAUUGCUGUGUAUUAUGGGUAAUGUACUUCCCAACCAUCUAUAGCUAUCCUUGCCUUUCAGAUCGCUGUGUAUUAUGGGUAAUGUACUUCCCAACCAUCUAUAGCUGUCCUUGCCUUUCAGAUUGCUGUGUAUUAUGGGUAAUGUACUUCCCAACCAUCUAUAGCUAUCCUUGCCUUUCAGAUGGCUGUGUAUUAUGGGUAAUGUACUUCCCAACCAUCUAUAGCCGUCCUUGCCUUUCAGAUGGCUGUGUAUUAUGGGUAAUGUACUCCCCAACCAUCUAUAGCUGUCCUUGGCUUUCAGAUGGCUGUGUAUUAUGGGUAAUGUACUUCCCAACCAUCUAUAGCCGUCCUUGCCUUUCAGAUGGCUGUGUAUUAUGGGUAAUGUACUUCCCAACCAUCUAUAGCCGUCCUUGCCUUUCAGAUCGCUGUGUAUUAUGGGUAAUGUACUUCCCUACCAUCUAUAGCCGUCCUUGCCUUUCAGAUGGCUGUGGGUAAUGUACUUCCCAACCAUCUAUAGCCGUCCUUGCCUUUCAGAUGGCUGUGUAUUAUGGGUAAUGUACUUCCCCAUCUAUAGCUGUCCUUGCCUUUCAGAUGGCUGUGUAUUAUGGGUAAUGUACUCCCCAACCAUCUAUAGCUGUCCUUGCCUUUCAGAUGGCUGUGUAUUAUGGGUAAUGUACUUCCCAACCAUCUAUAGCCGUCCUUGCCUUUCAGAUGGCUGUGUAUUAUGGGUAAUGCUUCCCUACCAUCUAUAGCCCAGAUAAGCUGUGUAUUAUGGGUAAUGUACUUCCCAACCAUCUAUAGCUAUCCUUGCCUUUCAGAUCGCUGUGUAUUAUGGGUAAUGUACUUCCCAACCAUCUAUAGCUGUCCUUGCCUUUCAGAUCGCUGUGUAUUAUGGGUAAUGUACUUCCCUACCAUCUAUAGCCGUCCUUGCCUUUCAGAUCGCUGUGUAUUAUGGGUAAUGUACUUCCCAACCAUCUAUAGCCGUCCUUGCCUUUCAGAUGGCUGUGUAUUAUGGGUAAUGUACUUCCCUACCAUCUAUAGCCGUCCUUGCCUUUCAGAUCGCUGUGUAUUAUGGGUAAUGUACUUCCCUACCAUCUAUAGCUAUCCUUGCCUUUCAGAUGGCUGUGUAUUAUGGGUAAUGUACUUCCCAACCAUCUAUAGCUAUUCUUGCCUUUCAGAUGGCUGUGUAUUAUGGGUAAUGUACUUCCCAACCAUCUAUAGCUAUCCUUGCCUUUCAGAUCGCUGUGUAUUAUGGGUAAUGUACUUCCCAACCAUCUAUAGCCGUCCUUGCCUUUCAGAUCGCUGUGUAUUAUGGGUAAUGUACUUCCCAACCAUCUAUAGCCGUCCUUGCCUUUCAGAUCGCUGUGUAUUAUGGGUAAUGUACUUCCCUACCAUCUAUAGCCGUCCUUGCCUUUCAGAUGGCUGUGUAUUAUGGGUAAUGUACUUCCCUACCAUCUAUAGCCGUCCUUGCCUUUCAGAUGGCUGUGUAUUAUGGGUAAUGUACUCCCCAACCAUCUAUAGCUGUCCUUGCCUUUCAGAUGGCUGUGUAUUAUGGGUAAUGUACUUCCCUACCAUCUAUAGCUGUCCUUGCCUUUCAGAUGGCUGUGUAUUAUGGGUAAUGUACUUCCCAACCAUCUAUAGCUGUCCUUGCCUUUCAGAUGGCUGUGUAUUAUGGGUAAUGUACUUCCCAACCAUCUAUAGCUAUCCUUGCCUUUCUGAUGGCUGUGUAUUAUGGGUAAUGUACUUCCCAACCAUCUAUAGCUGUCCUUGCCUUUCAGAUGGCUGUGUAUUAUGGGUAAUGUACUUCCCUACCAUCUAUAGCUAUCCUUGCCUUUCAGAUCGCUGUGUAUUAUGGGUAAUGUACUUCCCUACCAUCUAUAGCUAUCCUUGCCUUUCAGAUGGCUGUGUAUUAUGGGUAAUGUACUUCCCAACCAUCUAUAGCCGUCCUUGCCUUUCAGAUGGCUGUGUAUUAUGGGUAAUGUACUUCCCAACCAUCUAUAGCUAUCCUUGCCUUUCAGAUCGCUGUGUAUUAUGGGUAAUGUACUUCCCAACCAUCUAUAGCUGUCCUUGCCUUUCAGAUGGCUGUGUAUUAUGGGUAAUGUACUUCCCAACCAUCUAUAGCUGUCCUUGCCUUUCAGAUGGCUGUGUAUUAUGGGUAAUGUACUUCCCAACCAUCUAUAGCUAUCCUUGCCUUUCUGAUGGCUGUGUAUUAUGGGUAAUGUACUUCCCAACCAUCUAUAGCUGUCCUUGCCUUUCAGAUGGCUGUGUAUUAUGGGUAAUGUACUUCCCUACCAUCUAUAGCUAUCCUUGCCUUUCAGAUCGCUGUGUAUUAUGGGUAAUGUACUCCCCAACCAUCUAUAGCUAUCCUUGCCUUUCAGAUCGCUGUGUAUUAUGGGUAAUGUACUUCCCAACCAUCUAUAGCCGUCCUUGCCUUUCAGAUGGCUGUGUAUUAUGGGUAAUGUACUUCCCAACCAUCUAUAGCUGUCCUUGCCUUUCAGAUCGCUGUGUAUUAUGGGUAAUGUACUUCCCAACCAUCUAUAGCUGUCCUUGCCUUUCAGAUCGCUGUGUAUUAUGGGUAAUGUACUUCCCAACCAUCUAUAGCUAUCCUUGCCUUUCAGAUGGCUGUGUAUUAUGGGUAAUGUACUCCCCAACCAUCUAUAGCUAUCCUUGCCUUCUAGGUUGCUUCAAUAGAAAUGGUCUCUUUGACUGAGAAUCCCUUGGGCUGCAAAGGUUACCCAUCACUGCUGUAGAGGGUAAACCGGCUUCCUCGCCGCUGCCCACAGAUAUUGCAUAGAGAACGACAUGGUUGCGGCCUCCAGCAGGAUGAAUGCUGUGAUGAAUGGCUGUGUCUGACUGUGUAUGCCGGGACUGUGUGUGCCGGCAGGGGAGAGACCUGCAGCGCUGUAUGAACUUAUUCAAGGCGUGUGUCACUUCACACAAAGGCUCAGAUCACUCACAAACCUGCAUUGCUAUUGUGUUAAAGCCACUUGAAAGCUUUCUGAUAUUUCAGGCACGGCGUGUUUGGGGUGUGUGAAUGCAUUCCUCACUUGGUUAGCUAGUCACGCCUUUUCCUUUUACUGCUGCCGAUCACCUUAAAGGACAACGGUCACACACACUUUUUAUUAGGCUCAGCAACCGUAUUGGGUCCGACCUUACUGCUGCUUAACCUAACUUACCUUCUCUGUGUGAAAUGGCAAGUUAGGUGGAGCAGCAGUUGGUCAGUGAUGCAGUUGUCCUUUAACCAGAGGGACGGAUUUAGAGGGGGCUGCUAUCUCUUUAGUACCAGUUCAAAACUCUUGGUAACAAUGAGUUCCUUAGCCGAGAUCAUUUAGCCUUUUUACCUAUGAAAGUAGUAGGAACUAGAAAUCAAUGUGACCCUAAUAGUGAUAAUUUUGCUUAGAUAACUAUAUCUGUUAUGUGUAAGGUAUCGUUCUCCGUACUGGACAUCAGACUGUGUAAGCUUCACAAUCAACAGCAAUAUCUGACAAACUGCGAUUAUUUCAUAUAGUCAUUUAGUCAUCGGAGAAUGUAGUAAUGCUAAUACUAUAUUGCGUAAUGACUGCCGGGGUUACUCAGACUGCGAUGAGAAGCCAAGCAUUUAGUGCAAUACACAUGGUGCCCUCCAUUCUUUCCACUCCUUGCAAGUAUGGGCAAGUAGCUUGCUUCCAAGCACUGUUAAUCCAGGUGUAUGGAUACUGCUCGUGUCUGGUGUCAUCCCGCAGCAGUGAGUCCCAGACUGGGGUCUCCAAUGGAAUUCACAAACUUUGUUUUUGUUUUUCUUCACAUCCCUCUUUUCUAAUUAUAUCAUGUAAUUAACAAAUAUUACUUGAUGAGAGCUGAAAAAUAAGAUUAAAUGUAUAAAUUCACACUGCUCCAUUCCCUCUGCCCUGAAACGGAAGGAUAGAAACAUUGAUGGUUGAUAUAAAAACAUUUGCUUUGAUAAUAUUUUUUGUUUGCUUGUCAUGUUUGUUUUUCCUCUUUUAAGGCAAUGUGUGCCCUGAAUGUGCCAGAUAUGAACUGGAUUAAAUCAUUAAAUCUUUAAUACACAUGAAAUAUUAAUACCAGUUAAAGAUAAAAAAAUUUUAUUUUUUUUGUGAUGUUAUUUAGAGAAGUGACAGUUCCCUGGUAAGGAGCCAUAUUUGAAGCACUGCAUUUUGUUUUUGUUUUUUGGAAAUCAUUUUUUUUUUUUUUUUUUGAGCCUACCCACACUAAAUUGCUUUACAGGGUAAGCCUGAGGCUUUUCUGUAGCAUGAAUUGGUAACAUUUAGUAGUGUUUAGUAUUUGGCUGUGUGUAAGGGGAGAAGCGACUAUUCCAGAAUCUGCUUUGAGAGAGAAUGCUGUCAUUGUUGGUCUUUGCUGAAUAAUACCUCUUGCAGUACAAUGCUUCCUUGCAUUGGUCUGGUGUUUGUAUUUCCUAGCCUGUUUGGCAUUCAGGAUUCCUUGAGAUGAAAAACUGCAAAUACGUUUUCUAAUGUCGAGGACUCUUGAUCACCUGCCAUAUUUAAUGGACGCUUUGAAGCUCGAUACCGUGGAGUUGCUGCCAGCUGACCGCUUAUUAAGAUGUAGCAGGCAGAUAGAGGCCUUGAGUGGUCCACAUAGUUUGGCUCUGAGGAUUAUUGAAAUUCCAGGUUAUUAGCCCCAAGCUCACAUUACAUCUCUUUGAAUACAGCUGUUAUUCUAGUGCUAUACUGCCAGUAAUGUUCACAGCUCUGGCAUGUGUUCUUCCAAGAUCCUUGCAGAGCCCACUGUAGCCAGCCUUUUAAUCAUAUAGCGGCUGCGUGUUGUAGUAGUGGUUGCUGUGUGACAGCAUAACAUCCUUUGCUGGCAUUAAAAUGCUGAGAAAUCUGGCUUGUCCUGCAUCUCAUGUCAGUUUACCUGGUUUUGAAUAAUGUUAGCUGGAUACUGAAGAUGAAGGUAGUACAUAUAAAGCUAUAUUAUGGGUAGGAUAAUGCAAUCAUGCCUGGCUCACUCUGCUUGUGUGUUUUUGUGUGCACUGUCUGCGUGUGUUUUUGUGUGCACUGUCUGCGUGUGUGUGUUUAGUGAAUUAUGUUCUCCUUCUAAUAGUCUGUUCAUUGAUUCUCUGCACCAUGGUCUAUAGCAGGGGUAGCCAACCUUCGGCACUCUAGAUGGUUUGGACUACAUUCCGCAUAUUGCUCGUACAGCUAUGAAAAUUAAAAACUGGCUCCUAGAUUCCAAGCAAAUUUAUCAAGCCCUGGGUUUGCUUACUGUGCCGCUCCUAUAUCUUUCUUUCAUUUCGUUAGAUGCUGCCAUGAACACAUGGUUCUUGCAUAGGGUUUCCCUAUUGAGAUUACAUUAUAGGUGUGUUUUUUAAUGUUUUAUUGAACGGUGUAGUUUUUCAGAGAAAUUAUCAUUUCCCUUUAAGAACCCACUCCUCCCCCCAAAACCUAGUUUUUGUUUAAAUUAUCCUAAAAAGAAAUGGAUGUUAAAUGGGAUAAACCAAUGAAGGAAGUGGGAGUUAUUGGUAGUGCAGACAAGCCGAGCACUUAUAAGUGGAUCAAUAAAUCUUUAAAGAAUGCAAGGAGCAAAUGUGUCCGGUAGAGAGUUCUGCUUUAUCUUCAGAUUGCUCAGAUAAAUCUGUGCUCAUUGGCCCAGGCAGGAUCAUAAAUUAGCUGAAGUAAUGUGCUGCUUUGGGGGGGUUGGCCUGGUGGGUGGGAGACCGACGUGUGCUCUUUAUUUAUUAUUAAUGGCGGCUCAGCUUUCUAGAGACUGGAACCUGUUUUGGAUGUUAUGGUAUGCAUCAUUACUCGAACAGUUUUUUUUUUUUUUUUUCUCUAGCUUUUUAUAAUUGGACACCUUCACACGUAGCUGCUAUUCACUUUACACAGCUCCUUUUGGAGAUCACUUUGUGUUUAAGGGACGCUCAAAGCAUUGUAACCACUUCAUCUUAAUGUAGUGGUUUAUGAUGCAAGGAUGCUAUGGGUGCCAUGCCUCCAGUUUUUGUCAAAUUUUCUUUUUCUGGUAGUUUUACAAAAAUGUAAGGGGCCUUCCUGGCAUGUAAAGCUGACCCCAAGGAAGCCUCAAUCAGUAUGUUCCAUUGGAGAGGUUCAGGUGACUAAAGCUGGCCUCAUGGGAGCCUCAGUCAAUAUGUUCCAUUGGAGGGGUUCAGCCCUUCAUCCUUCCGAGGUAGAUAAAAUGAGUACCAUGAAAUUGGGUAAUCGUAACAACCUCUGGAUGUUGGGCUAAGGUAACAUGCCCCGCUUGAAAACCUGAGUAAUCUGAAUGUACCUUUCCUGGUUUUUUUUUUUCUUUGUUGUUAUUAUUUCAUUGUCCGCAGAGGGACUGGCUUCGGGUGCCUGGUAAGCCCCUGAAUUUUGUCAUACUACUAGAAAAGGGUUUGCAGCGGUAGCAUUAUUGCAUCAUAGCUCUAUUAUCGUAAACUGCAGGAAUACAAUAAGCUGUAGAUUGUAAUAUUUGAGAUUAUUCACUGAACUGGUAGUAGUGCAGAAUUGACAAUGCAAAUGUAAAUUUUAUGCCAAAUUAGGCAAGCUGCAAAAAUACCCCAACUCCACCAUUUUUAAUUCCUUCUUUGGAUUUUGACGUGUGAGUAAUCUUUUUGGAGGAGAGGGGUGCGUAUCUUUUUAUGUAUGUUUGUUUUUGUGUUGUGUCUAUAUAGAUGUAUCCUGUUUUGUGCUUGCGUGAAUAUAACAAAAAAAAAAAAGAGCAUAAAUCUGAAGUAAACUGCAAUAUAUUAAAGCAGCACUGCCCCAUCUCUAAAAUGAGUAUUUCAUAGAGAUGGUAUUUCACUAAAAAUCAAACCCGGUCAAAAAAUAUGAGGUAAAGAAGGGACUGCUUUUUACAAGUAUUUAUCCUCUGCUUGGCAAAGCUGGACACCUGGUGGAGCUACAGUCAUCAAGGUUGUCUGCAGCUGUAGAGAAACUCCACUCUUUUUCUAUAGAGGAUUGAUCACUGACAUUUACUCCUAGCGGCUGAAGAGGAGCAGACUAUGGCGGCAGCCGCGAGUGACAGGUUCAGGUAUGUGAAACUCAACCAGACCCCCACCAGCGAUGUCACCGUGAUGGAUCUUUGCAGUAGAUCCGCUUUAACACUUACAUCAUGAUAUAAUUGGAAUGAACAGUUCCUCUAGUUACUGAGAACAUUGGUGGACUUAUUACAUUCAGUGUUGUCCUAAUGGAAUGUGGAACGGUGAAGGCACACCAUAACAAGAUUUGGGGAUUUUUUAAAGUAGAUUAAAAGACUCAAGCAAUAUUUAGAAGAAAAAAAAUAAUUAUAUUUACUAUAAAACACCUGCAACAUGGUCACCAUAUCCUGUCUUCACCAUACCUGUCUUACAAAUUCCUCAUUACUAGCAAGGAUGGGGGCCCAUAUGCACUUAACUUCAAACUGUCAUUGCAAUGCAGGGCCCUUCAUAUUGCUAGAACAACAUGUUCAUUGAAAAUGAAGUUGAAUGUUUGUCAAACCCUGCAAUAAUUUAUAUACACAGCAAGUACUGUAAUCGCUGUGCUCUUUGCAUAGGUUAUAGUGCAAGAAUCUUCCGAUGUUCUGAGUUCGUUCAUAGCCCUUUCUUUCAGCCUAUCAUCAAUAGUUUGCACUUUCACCAGUGGUUGAAACCGUACAGUUAAAUAGUUGAGGAAUCUCAGGACUGCCAUGACUGACUAGCUGCUAAAAUUAACCUCUGCAAGUCUUCUCCUUGGUUGUCAGUAGUACCACCCUGCACCUCCAAUCCUAAGUUACAUGUACGUAACUCAACUGGUGCUGUGCCAGAACAUCACCUUCCUUACAGAAAUCGGGAUAUCCAAACUUUUGUGCCAUACUUUUUUUUUUUUUUUUCCAUCUGAAAAAUUAGAUGACUAGCUGAGAUUCAAUAUGUCUCUUCAAGACCUUGUUAUCCUGUCUGGUGGUGGUCCUUUGGACAUUGCUCCAUCUGUGCCCUCUGCAGUGCAUUGGUGUCUAUUCCACAUAACACAAGAUCCCGCAGAUGGUGGCUCAUCAAAUGUAUUUUUUCAGACAGACUAUAGGAAUGGGCUGUUAUCACCACUGUUGCCAGUAGGCAUUACAGGGAACUCAUUUUUGGGUCUCCAGUCAAUAGAAAAAAGCAAUCUUUCUUACAGUUUUGUUGGCUUUUGGGAGGUGAGGGUUUAUCCCUGUCACCUUUCCAGUGAGUUUUAGCAAGAGAUGCUAUGUUCCAAAGGUGGUACUCGGGCUAUUGCACAUCUUUCCUCCUCUCCCUUUGGUCUUCAGAGUCCAACAAAAGAUCUGGAAAGAAGGUGAAGAUGUCUUCAUUAAUGCUCUAAUUCGACUCUGCAGGAUGUUGUUAGCCAGUCUUUGAACUCUUGCUAUUCAGUUACCAUAACUGAAAGGAACAAACCUUCAACAGUAGGGUCUAGACAUCAUCACAAUUCCCACCAGCUUCAUCAGCAGGUGGAGAUAAAUCAAUAUAGGGCUCUUCUCCUCAAUAAUAAUUCAAACCGAAGAUUAGAAAGCUAUCUACAUCUUUGAAAUUUGUGCCAGAUUGUGUUAUGAUUCAAUGUUUUGCCGUGAACAUUGAAUGUCUUCACUGUCAAUCCCUCAGUAUGUCAAAGUCCAAAUUGCAGCUUUAGAAAGUCGGCCUAAUCGACUCUUCUGUUAUCACUUCGUCAGAUUUGUCAAGGCUGCAUUAGGAUUGUAUUUCACUCAGCCCUUCAAAGUGUAAUUCUCUGCUGUCUGGGAUCUGUUUUAGAUUGUGGAGGACUCUUUCCAGUAUAGAUAAAGAUGACCCACUUGUUAUCUUUGUUUUUAGUGGGUGUUAGAUUAAAUUUGGCAGAGCCAAGUUAAACCGAAGGAUUGUUUGUACCUGUUUGCCCGACUGUCACCAUAGCGUAUUGGCCCUUUGUUACAUGAUUGGUUAGCAGUUUGUUAAUAGGCCUCCAGUUGCGGUGCUUUUCCCAGCAGCAGUCUACAUUUUCCAGUUAUCUAAGAAACUCAUUCAACCACGAUAUUGCCGAGUUGUGCUGCCAUUCAAAAUAAUUUUCUCUUAAUUUCUGUAUUUAAAUUCCCCCCUCGUAUCUGGGAAAUAUGAAGAGUUUCACUGCCUCGUGCCAGGUAAAGUUGGUGAGAUUAAAUUUGGGAGGAGACCUUUAGAGUACCUGUAAAGGUGAGCCCCAUGAAGGUUGAAGGCAUUAUUCCAACUGCAUGUUACAGAAACUUAAUAGCAAAUGUGAAUAAUUAGGUUACAAUUUAAUAUGAACACACACAAAAAAUAAACUGGAAAGCGAUACAGUAAAGCAUGGGGCAGUGUAGCUGAAAGAAUGAAUAUUUUGUAGAAGUUUCGAAAGCCUGUGGAUGGCAUCUCUUGUGAUGCAGAGGUGCAUGGUUGAGUCUGCGUUUUACACUUAGAAAACAGAUAAAAACUGGUAAGAAGACCCCAUCAAUGCAGCUGUCAGUGUAGGGGAAGGUAUGUUUAUGUAAAAAGAAUGUGAGGAAUGCUCCAGUCAGAGGAUGUGAGUCAUAGCUGGAAGGUGGAGGCAUUGACAGAGCCUCGGAUGAGUAGAUGCCGGAAAAUGAACGCAUGAAGUUAGAAAAUACACUGUAUACUAAGAGUCAGUGACGGCUGGUGAAUUUUUAACAUGGUGCGGCACCAGACUCCUCCCCCAGAAUUUUAUUCCUUCCUAUACAGUGCAGAGAUGCUCCUAUAUUAAAGCAAGCUUGGCACAACGUAAAGUUAUCUCUAAAAUGCAUAGGGCAGAGUACAAUCCAUAGACUUAACACACACAGCUAGGCACAAUAAGGAGAAAUAACAAACCCACACAGCCAGGGUCACCGUGAUGGAUUACACAGAGCUGCAAUAUAGAGAUACCCACACAGUACAUGUCUCUGUAUAGUGCUAAAUCUCUCUAUCUUCCUAUCCGCUACUCCAGACUCACUAAUAGCUCUCUGCACACAGUGUUCACAGGGAUACUGACACUCCUUAUUACACUUCCAGCUGGCAAUAUAAUUAAUCUGCAUUUUAUCUGCAUAAAAUGGAGCCAAGAAGUAGCUGACGUAGUCCUCAGUCACAGCCUCAGUCCUGCAGUUUGAAACUUCACAACUCUUGAACUGGCCACAACAUGAGUGUCUCAGCUGUAGAGUGACUCCGCACUGAGAAGAUGAUUAGUAACAGUACACGGUGCUCUGUGUCAGAAAUGUUCCCCUACACUUGUCACCCCUGGCCAUCCUAUGUAUGUAUGUAUGUAUGUAUUUAAAAAAACAAACAAAAAAAAACUCUCCUGUGGGCACUGUAACCCCACCCCUGGUGCAAUCAGCCAAUGAUUGCUCUUCAGUAGAUCGGCCAAUAGCAUUCCUCCAGUCAUGAAUAGCUGGCUCUGCUGCCCAAACAACAACUUAAUGGAAAUUCCUUCUUAAAGGACACUAGGCAUGUGCAAAACCUGCUGAAACGGGGCAGAUUUCAAAACCAUCCCCUUUAAAAAAAAAAUAAAAAAAAAAUAUCUAUAUACUCUCAAGUAAGCUUCUCCAAACAUGUGCCAAUGAGACAGGAGGGGAACUGAAACCUAUUACAGAGUAAAAGACCCUUAUUAAUUCCCAUUUUAUUUUAUUUUUUUAGCUUACCACCCUUUUUUGUAGAACAGGAAUCUUUAGUGUUUGUAAACUACUGCAAAUAUUUCUCCCCCCGUCAUAAACAUUGGUAGAGCGAUUCCCGAAGUGCCCCUGUGGCCGAGCCUCUGCUACUAAGAAUGUAUCUAUAAUCACUUGUAGCGUGUGGACAACACUAGUAUAGUCACUAAAAUGUGAACUGAAAAGGGAAUUUGCUAAUUUUAGGCUUAAAUAUCCAGAUUUGGAAAAUUCUUCAACUGUUUACAACUGUCAUUAACUAAAAUUUUAAUUUCUCACGUCAAUUCUACAUAACUCCGGGUUUAUUGAUUCAAUCCCACUUUCACAUGUUUAACAAGAAUAAAUGUUUUAUUACAUGCCUUGUGCUAGCCACAUUGCGAUCAGAUGCAUGAAUGACAUUGUAGCUAAAGGUGAAGUUUCUAUCAAAAUAGUGCUGUAAACCAUUAUAAAGUAGCGUACAAGGCAAACUUUAUAAACCGAUGUGUUUUACAGUGUUUUGUAGAUCAUUAAAUGGUUGACGUUAUUCGUAGGUGCCGUAAAAGGCUGGUUCUGGAAAUUAAAUGAAUAUCAAGAGAUACAUUUCAAUUAAAGAACCACUAUAGUGCCAGGAAAACUUACUACUUUUCCUGGCACUAUAGUGCCCUUACCUUUUUUCCAGUGCUGGGCGGGGAGCUCUCCUCCUCCGAUCCUCCUAUUCGGCUGAAUGCGCAUGCGCAGCAGGAGCUGAGCGCAUUCAGCCAGUCUCAUAGGAAAGCAUUUAUAAUGCUUUCCUAUGGACGCUGGCGUCUUCUCACUGUGAUUUUCACAGUGAGAAGCACGCAAACGCCUCUAGCGGCUGUCAAUGAGACAGCCACUAGAGGCUUUAGAGGCUGGAUUAACCCAUUUAUAAACAUAAACUGCUAUGUUUAUUAAAAAAAAAAAAGGGGGUGGGGGGUUAAUCCUAGAGGCACCUGGCACCCUGACCACUUCAUUAAGCUGAAGCGGUCUGGGUGCCUAGAGUGGUCCUUUAAAGGUCUUAUAAUACAUUACAAAAACACAAAUCUUAUUUAUAUGAUAUAAAAAAAGUUUAAACUUUUUAAUUAAAGGGGUACUCCUUACACCAUGACCACUCCAUUGAUUUGAAGUGGUCAUGGUGGUAGGAGUCAGUAUGUGCAGUUAUUUCUGCUUGAAACAUUGAACAUACUGAGUUAUUGUUAAUUGUGUGCUGGAGGCUAGUUGCACACGGGAUAAUGGCAUAUAAAUAUACAUUAUCUAUACCUGUGAGUGUAUAUAGGUAAUCUAUAAUAAAGUACCUUGUACUUUUUUGCUGAUUGUUGACAGGCCCCCCUUUAAACUGAGCAGUUUACAGAAACUUUGUUUAGAGAGGGGUUCAGUUCUAAAUGAGGAGCUGCAGUGUUCCUGUUGAAAAUGUGAGAGGGGGAGGGUAUGGCUCAUAUUAUUGUAUUUCCCUUGUCCCACCCCCUCCCCUGUUUUAAACAAAUACACCGAAAAUAUCUGAUUUAAACAGCUAAAAGUGAGCUAUUGUUUUUUUGGAGAGAGUCUAUUUCUGGCAGACAAAACACUGGUGUCCUGUCAGCACCUCGCCCUAAUUAGUUUUGAUGGGUUAGUGAGCGUGCAAUACCCAGCCUGAUGGUUUAGACUUGCGAGUUAUGGAGCAGAUGUUGUUAUGGUUCAGUGUCCUGACGCACUGCCCAAUCAGGUUAACGCUGGCAAUCUACAGCCUGUAAGUCUGCAGGUAGAGCGUGGUGUGUGUGUCUGAGCAGACUGUUCCUGUCACUUCCAGGCAUCCUGCCUCUGUCAUCGGGGAGCUUGAAAACUCUGUCUCAUUAAACGUGAAUUUGGAAGUUGCUGUCUUAUUAUGCAAAAAGGUUCAGUCCCCACCCCCCCUCCCCCUCCAACCUCACUUCACACAAAAUGAGAUUUUCAGUCUUUCAUAUGCUGUAAAUGAAAAUCACUCUCCCCACUGGGACACCUUCAUUUUUCUUCCAUUAAUUCUAAAAAAUAGAAUCUAAUUUUGGCAGAGGCACCAACCGUUGUAUACUAGAUAAAUCUGUCAAAGAAGUAAUGUCGGUAAUUAUUGCAAGAGACCGGAACGGCUCACGUCUUCAUUUCUGAUUCUUGGUUUUCAUGGCCGAACCACGUUAAAGAGGGAUUGUUUUGGGCUUAAAAUAAACAAGAAAAAUCCAAUCCUUUUUUUUCUCUUCAAGGAAUAUAUUGGGAGACAAUAGAAUGUGAAGUAAGAAUAAAACUGAAUCUCUCCAUUUACUAGGAGUUUGGCUAAAACCAGGUGGAGAUUCUAAGUUCAGACCCCUUGUCACACAAGAACGGGUUUAUACAGCAAUCAGAUACACAUCAGUCAAAACACCAUAUUUUGUCAAUCUUGCCCAUUUAGCUUCAGACAAGUAACAUCAUCUUACAUUUGCAUCUUUGUGAGUUAGAAGAAUAUAAGAAAAACAAAACUGAAAAAAGCAGGCUAACUGUGUUCUAGUGCACUGUAGUAAGCUUUAGGCUCCUAAACUAGAGUCCAUAAUAGGCUGUUUGACCCUAGGUGGAAAUGUUUGGAAAAACGUUGGUCCUGUCUCCUUUAUCAGGACCGGUCCUUGUGACUCUUUCGAUUUGCAAUGUUUAUCAACAUCAUAAUGCAGAUGUAGUACUUUAACCCCUUCAGGACGGAGUCAAUAGUGCACGUUCUGAUCAAAACAAAACGUAAACAAAACCUGGAAUUAGCGCUAUGUCUGUUCAACCGUAAUUCACCGCUGUCACAUUAAGUGCACCCACACUUAUUAUAUAUCAUUUUGUUCAGGAGAAACAGGGCUUUAAUUUAUCAUUAACUAUUCAUAUAUGGAACAUAAUUUAUUAUGAAUAAGAUUUUUUUUAAAAUUUGUAUUUCUGUGUGACAUUUUAGCUGUGAAUGUCAUAAUACUGUUAGGUUUUACUGCAAAAAAAAAAGCACAUAUUUGUAAUCCCAAUUAGCAGGUUUUAUGGUGUUUUGGAAAGUUACAGGGUCAAUAUAGAAUGUUCCAUUUUCAAAUUGAAAUUUGCCAGAUUAGUAAUGUUACCUUUGAGCGCGUAUGGUAGCCCAGGAAUGAGAAUUACCCCCAUAAUGGUAUACCAUUUGAAAAAGUAACGACACAGAGCUCACUCUGUAUGUCCACUCACAAUUGACAUAUUCGCCUGCCUGUUUCAACUAGAAUUUUUCAGGUGGCCUGAAUAUAGAGGCCAUCCAAAUACAUAUUAGCCAGACUAAGUGCUUUCCACGUAACCCAUUACAGUGCUCGACAAAUCUGACAUUUGUAAGCCCUCCAAGGUGGGCUUUCGGCUGUGUUUCCUGUAGGCGGGUGGAAAGGGCGCUUUGAUCUCUCCCUGCUCUGCCUUACUCCCCUUUAUUCUCACCCCGUGCUGGUCUACCUGUGGCUGGUCUUGACCUCCUAUGGCUGAGAUAAUCACAAUUGAUGAUUUCUAUAAGGAGAUGCUGAUUGGCAAGACCAGUGUUUGGACGCGCCCUGCCUCCUUGACAAUCUCAACCAAUCUAAUGCUUUUACUUUUACUACAAUUCUGAUGAUUUCAGUCAUGGGGGAGGAGCAAGGGUAGGGUCAGUGCCAGCGGACAUGCGUGGGCCCUGGAUUUAAAGUAAGGGUGUUGUUUUUUACUUUUUUAAGGGGGGGGACAAGCCACUAUAGGGUCAGGCAUACAUGUUUGUGUUCUUUUAACUCCUGUAUUAAAUGGUUUUUUUUUUUUUCUUCUUUCAAAAAUCAGAAUAAUUGAACCUGCACCAUACGUGUUCUGGAGUGCCCUUUCAGGAUAAACUAACCUUUGUCUAAAAUUAAACCCAGGCCUCCCAACCUUGGUGGAUAUGAGGCUGUGAUAAGGAGUGAUCUCUCUAGUAUGCCAGGUGUGUACUCACUGUAGAGUGGUGAUUGUAUGAAAAUCGGGGGGCCUGAAAGGUAUUGCUUGUCUCCAUGGCAAACUAGCAUUUAGACUUUGUUAAAUGGACUUUAAAUAAUGUGCAAUUUUACAAGCAGUUUACAGAGCUGUGUCAAUAAAAAAAAAUAAAAAAUAAAUACUUUGAGUAUCUUUCUCCUCUUGUGUGCAGUCUGACACGGUCAGAGUGACCUGUUGGCCUGUUACCACUGCUGGUUCCUACAAUGUCCUCACACUUAUACAUUUAGUUUUGAAGCGGCUUGGUAGAGAAUGAAAUAUCAACACACUGGUUAUUAUACAUUUUAGAAAAGAGAUGACCCGUCUUAUUUACUAAAAAUGCAAGAAUUCACGUGUGCACCCAGAUAUGGGCAGCUCAAAACUGAGAAUCCUGUCUGACUGACCGCUCUGAAGUAAUAGAUUUGCUGCAAACUUGUUUUUAUUUUAAUUUUUUAAUUUUCUUGAAUCGAAUGGCUGAAAUUCUGAUCAACUAUGAGAGUAGGCAGCAGGUGCUCUCUGCAUCAUAAACUUUGCAAUGCUGCUAAAUUGUUAUGGUGCUUAGACUGAAUUAAUAAUAUUGAGUACCUCAAUAAGAUAUAUUAAAGAUGGAUUACCUGCACAGUUAAGUUCUCUAGUUUUUGUGGUCAUCCGUUUUUCAUUAUAAAAACCUGUUCCUGAUCAGAGCGCCAAUGAGCCAUUGCUGAAAUUCACUGGGGACGGGCCCCUAAAGAAAUGUUCUGUAAUGAAUGGUUGAAUCCCUCAGUACUGUGUGUCAGGAAAGCGGUUUAGCUAAAGCUUUGUAUCAAGCGUUUUCUCCAUUGGUUAUAUAAUGUAUGUGUAGUUCCGGAGUUCAUCAGACCACAUGGAAUCUGGUUCCAUCCCUGGGGAUUGUGUCAGAAACACUCAUUUAAGUGUAAGCAAAUAGGGCAUUGCUUAAUGAAUAAUUAACGCAGCCAACACUGAGCAGGCUGGAGUGGGUUGUGUUUUGCUUUCGUUGGUUAUGUUUGCGUAGACUGGGCAUAAUGCAUUAUAGAUGGGAUGGAAAGAGACAGCCUCUGUAGUACCAUCAGUAAUCAUAUUUAUGUUUUUGACCUUGAAAAUAUAUAAAUUAAGAGAGAAAACGUACCCAGUGCACGGCUUUGUAAACCUUAUAUGUAAUGCUUUUUAUAUAUAUAUAUAUAUAUAUAUAUAUAUAUAUAUAUUCUAUCUAGCAAUUCUGGGACCAGUAGUAACCGUGGAGCACAGUCCAUUGGUUUCUAUGGUGAUUGUUAUAAAUACAAGCUAUCCAUAGAAAUCUGUCCAUUUUGAACUGUGUAGUGUAUUUGGGAUGGCCCCUAUAUGGGCUAUUAUGUAUUUGGGAUGGCCCCUAUAUUCAGGCCACCUUUGAAAAAUUCUAGUUGAAAUAGGCAGGCGAAUAUGUCAAUUGUGAGUGGACACACAGACUUUGAGCACUGUGUCGUAAUAUCGCACUCACAAUCUGUGUAUUUAUCACAGCAGCAGAUGCUUUUCCUUGGUACGUGCAAUCCGUCUAGCGUUAUCAGGAUGAAUAUUUUUGAUGGGCAGUGAGCUCCUGGUGCGGUUAUGGGCUCUACCAAUAGUAUUAAGACACCCCCGCAGUUCUGAUUCUCCUACAGACCCCCCUGUAGGGUUGACUGUGAGUGGCUACUUGAUCCAUGGCUUUCUGAAACAUUGGACUCCUCUGAGUCAGGCUCCAGUCCUCUCUCCGAGCUAUGUCUAUAAAUAUAGCCCUGCUUCAGGCUGCUGCCGCAUUAUCCAGAGUUAAUUAGCUGUGCAGUGAUCUGUGAAGAAUAAUUACUCCUAAAUAAUACUUAUUUUAGUAGCUUCUCUGUAAUUAUCUCAUUUAUUUGAUCACAGAAAUCCUAGAUAGUUGUGUUGGCUGAUCUCUUGGGAGACAACCUCUAAGAUGACAGUAAUAGAUAUCCCCCCGACUCACCCUGGUGCAGUACUUGCCUUCAUUAUGAUUUCAGGGGGCUAUAUUUUAGCUGCAAUGCUCUAAAAUUUUAUUUAAAGCCAUAGAAUGCAGAGAAUACUUUCAUUAAAAUAUAGGAGGGAACCAAAUCCGUAUUGUGCAAUUCAAUACUAGUCUGUAGACAUUUUCCAGAAUUUCUCUUCUCAGGGGAGAACUGGCUCUUUGGUUAUGGUUUGAAGUUAAGCCAUUAAAAAGAACAGUCAUGUGAAACUUUUUAAUGGAUAAAUGAAUCAAAAAUCUAAUUUUAAUUAAUUUUCAGUGUACUGCUAUAUUUUUCCAAAUAACCUUUAUAUAAUGUGUUAUGCUGAUGAUUGUUGUGAACCCAUCAAUGAGAAAUGAUACAUUGUAUUUGCAACCCCCUCCCCCCCCCCCCAAUAAAUAUAUACAAUAAAUAUUAUACCUGCCUGACGUUCACAGUAAGAUGUACAUUGCAUUGUAUCAGGGUUAUGCACUAAAGUGUGAAUUCAAAGUGAUUCUCAGAUUUAAGCUCUUAAGGACCACUACGGCUUUAAUGAUGGCAUAGACCGCCAUGCAGUAAAGGUACCAUCAGGGGUUAAACCCCUGAUGUUGCCAAGGGACCCUAAAUAUCUUUCAUCUGGGGCCACAGUUAGUGCUAUGUGCAGCACUUAGUGCGCUAUCCUGCUUAUCCGUGGUACUAAGGGACCCCCAGUUAGUGGCCUCAGACAGACAGACCAGCUGAGCUUUAAAUUUAACAGUUUUGGAUUCUGUGACUAUUACAUUUAUAAUCUCAGCAUGCCAAAUUUUGCAAAGUUUCCGCUUUAUAACCUUAAUUUACUCCUUGCAAUAUUUGUUUUAGAAUGUCAAAAUUAAUUGAAAUCCUAGACAUAUUGGGCAUUUUAACAAACAGGGCUAAUUAUGGAAUAUAGUUUGAGUUGGUUUUCUUUAUUUGCACUUGGUGUAUAGAAAUUAUUACAUGUAAAAUGGAGAAAAAACUUUUGUUUUUGUUUAUAUUUCAUUCCCAUUUAAUAUUGUGUUAUGUAUACAAAUAGGGUAUCAAAGGAAAGACCUAUUUCUCCUUUAAAUAUAAUCCCUUAAACCAGGGUUCGACAAAUCCCAGACGCCAUGGCGACUAAAAAUGCCUGGGAUGCUGCCGCCCUGAGGAGCAUGAAGGAGGCGGGCGGCUGCCCGCGGGAGCAUGGAGGUGGGCAGCCGCCUGCCUUGAGCAGCAUGGAGGAGGCGGCCGCCCGCGGGGGAACAGUAUCUGCAUGUAGCUUCUCUCUGCUCCCUCGCGCUCUGUAAUGAUGCCGGGGCCGGAAUUACGUCAUAUUCCGGCUCCCGACAGCAUUACACAGCGCGAGGGAGCAGAGAGGAGCUACAUGCAGAUACUGCUCCCUCGCGCUGUGUAAUGCUGUCGGGAGCCGGAAUAUGACGUAAUUCCGGCCCCGGCAUCAUUACAGAGCGCGAGGGAGCAGAGAGGAGCUACAGGCAGAGUACUGCUCCCUCGCACACAAGAAGACUGCAGCCCCACUGGACCCCAGGAAAGACCCUCUCAGCUCUCCCAAAGGUAGGGAGGCUGAGUGGGUUUCAAUUAAAACAAAAGUAUGUGUGUGUGUGUGUGUGAACGCGUCAGAGUGUAUGCGUGCAAGCCUGUUGUCAACGUAAGACUGUGUGUGAGCCUGUCAAGAGACUUAGGAAAGCAUUGGGAGGAUUUUGUGCAUGCGCAGCAAAUGUACCAAUCUGCAUCUCCUCAUAGAGAUGCAUUAAAUUAAUGAAUCUCUAAGAGGAACAUUCAGCACCUCCAUGCAGAGCUUGGAGAUACUGAACCUGGGUGCUGCACAUGGUGCAGCAGUGACCCAGGACACUCUAGUGACCAUCUGAGUGACUGUUACUAAGCAGCAAUGUAAAUUCUGCCUUUUUACAGAAAAGGCAGUGUUUACACUAUACUGCCUGCAGGGACAGGCUAUCGACACCAGAACAACUACAUCAAGCUGUAGUGGUUCUGGUGACUAUAGUGUCCCUUUAAGAAUUGCAUUUUCUCGUUGAAAAUGACUGGCUCCUAAUUUGUUUAGCUGGCUCCUAGAUUCCAAACAAAUUUGUCAAGCCCUGCCUUAAACGGAAAGGGAUAAUUGUGCCAAAUAUGCCUUGGUCACAAACUGGGUCGUACCACAUAAACGCCUUUUCCUGGCACUAUAGCUUCCCCCUCUGUCAAGUUAUAGUGCCAUAUAGUGGGGAGGGCGAAGCUUAAAGUACCAGGAAAAGGAGUUUGGUCGUACCACAUAAAAGCGCCAGGAAAACAGUUUGUGACUAGUGAUGUGCCGACGGUUCGCCGCGGACGGCGAACAUAUGACCCUGUACCUCACAGUCAGCAGACACAUUCCAGCCAAUCAGCAGCAGACCCUCCCUCCCAAACCCUCCCACCUCCUGGACAGCUCACUAAGAAUGCAGCUUCAAAAUGGAUGCUGUCCACGAGGUGGGCGGGUCUGGGAGGGAGGGUCUGCUGCUGAUUGGCUGGAAUGUGUCUGCUGACUGUGAGGUACAGGGUCAUAUGUUCUGUUCGGGACAUCACUAUUUGUGACCAAGGCAUAUUUGAUGCACUGGCUCUGCUCCAUCCACAUUCAGACCUAGUGCGCAUGCGUGGCUCGCAUUAGGAUUUCCCCAUAGGAAAGCAUUAUUCAGUGCUUUCCUAUGGAGAUUUCGGUGAUGCUGGAGGUCCUCAUGCAGAACGUGAGAACGUCCAGCAUCGUUUAGACGACCAAAAGUUGUCUAAGCACCCGGAAAUCUCUCUAGUGGCUGUCUGGUAGAGGAGGACUUAACCCUGCAAGGUAAUUAUUGACGUUUUUAUAAAAACUACAAUAAUUACCCCUCUAGGGUUAAGGGUGAUGGGGGUUUGCACCCAGACCGCUUCAAUGGCCCUACAGUGUUCCUUUAAUGUAAAAAAAGCCAAACUGGAAAAGUUCUGGCUGCUUUAGCCUUAAAGUUGAUGCGCAUUGCGUCGUGUGUGCAGGGAAUCUCACUGCCUGCCAUAGCUGUGGGUUAUAAUUCUGUGCACACAGCAUAAGGCUGUAAGGUUCUAUUUAUAAUAUUGAACACAAUGUUAUCAGUAAGCAUUCUACAGUUUGACUUGUGUCAUGUAUAGGUUGAAGUGUGUGAGCUGUAAUACAUGCACGGCCGAUCAAUCACUUUUGUUUGGUUUCUAAAGUCUGCUCAGUCACCAAAAGAGAAAACAAAGAUAAACUGCACCAAUUGCUCAAAAGGGAUUUAUACUUUUAUCUGUCUGAGACUGGAAAGCAGUGAGCGACUGCAGGAUUGGGGCUUCUCUGAAUAUUACACACUUCAAAUCACGCUGGGAGAUAUGUUGAUUGUCUUAUUAUAAAUAGAAUUCCCAGGCUACGACUAGCAGUGAUCGCAUUGCCUUGUAUGUGAGAAUCUUCCUGCCAUCCUGGGGUACAUUACAUUCUGUUCUGUGAGCGUCCAGCUGUUUGGAGAUCGCUAUUUCAUGUCUGGCUAUUCUGUGCAUAUAUUCAUCAAACAGACCUUUCUACUAUGGAUGAACAUUGUAAGCUGGGGUUUAUUUCAAAAUUCCAAUAAUAAUAGACAAUUGACAUUUUUAGAGCAGAAUUAGGGGGGGUGGAGAUAUCCAUCUGUAUUUGGGCCAAAUGUUUUCAGUUCUCUUGCCAAUAUCCUGUUUCCUAAUUUAUUGAAUAAAACCCAUUAAUCGUAUUUUCUUUCUCUGCUCAUUUUGAAUCCGUUGCCAUUUCACACCUACACGUAAGGCCACAUGUUUUAAAUCGCUUGGGGUGCAGUUAUUUUUCAUUAAUAGUGCAUAUAUAUGGGAAAUCAUGAUACAGUUCUGUGUUUGGUGUGAAAUUCUCAGCAGAGAACUGCACCAUGGAGCAUAUUAAUUAUCUAUAGCCAGUCAGUGCCUGUAUAAAGGGGGAAAAUCAUGGUUAUGGGUACGAGCUGGCAAAUAUAACCUUAAUAAAGUCUGUCUUGGUUCUAGUAGCAGAAAACACAUUGAUAUAAUUUGUGCAUCAAUAGCUGACUUUAAUGGAAGCCAGAACUUUAAUCCUGCAAGUAGAUGAUUAAUGUCUCCGGAAUAGAUCUGUAUCAUUCAUUGCUUAUUGAUCUUCCCUGGUUACUGGUAAUUUGCUGUGAUUUAAGGACAGCAAUCACUGCACAUUAACCAGUUGGUUGACUAUUUUGUCUAGCUAACAGUGUAUCCGCUGAAGGAAUGAUAGGCUAACAGGGACAAUAUCACAUUUAAAUACCUCUCCUCCAGGCACCAACAUUGCUGAGGGAUUUUAAAUCAGUGUGGAAUUUUGAUGCUUUCAGAGUCCAUGAGCUCUACUUUUUAUUUACCAGAUGGAAACCCCAGUUCUAAUCUAGUAGCUGUGGGUAUUUCCUAAUGACAAUCUGCCUGGUUUGUACGAGUUCUGCAGUGACUGUGAGUAACAGGCGAUCUCGCAGGCUACGUGGCUGUGUAAAUUUACCUUUCAGCCCAUUGUGUUAGCUGUCAUGUGCAACUUCCAGUGGUCAGCGUCCUUGAUGCCAAUUAUGGAACAAAAGCAGGCUGCUUUCCAUUUUCACAGAACACUUUGACCUUUACCUGUUUAGAGACAGAAUAAACGUUGUAUUAAAAUAUCCCCGCAAACAAAGCAUAAAAUGAGGACUUAUUCUGUUAGAAGAAGAAAAAUGUGUGUAUGUAAACUACACCAGUUUCUGAUACUUUAUUUUAUUUUUUUGUCUGUUAUAAAACCAAACAUUAGUCCUUUAGCAAAGUCAUUACAAAGCCAUGAAUUACUGUUAUCUCAAUCUGUCACUCAACUAGAAUUAUUAUUAUUGGCAUUUAUAGAAGACUGCUCGUUAUAGUUAUACAAUGGGAUUAUUGAACUAUUAAUUGACAAAUGAUGCUUACUGACAUUAUCGCAAAACUACAGAGUAAAUGAAUGCUGUAUUUUUUGAUGAAAUUGAUAAAACGUUUAGAACUGAUAACCUAGCUAAUGCAAUGAUUCUGUGUGUAUAGACAAGUUUCUGGGUUGAGUGCCCCAAUAAUCAUUAAUAAAGCAUAUCAGUUUGUAGACUUAUCUCAAUUUGUAGCAGUACAGUUUGUCAUAAAUGAAUGACAAUAUCAGUUAUUUAAGGGUGUGUAUGUGUGUGUGUGUAUAUAUAUAUAUAUACAUAUACACACAUACAUACACACACAGUUGCAAGAAAAAGUAUGUGAACCCUUUGGAAUGAUAUGGAUUUCUGAACAAAUUGGUCAUAAAAUGUGAUGUGAUCAUCUAAGUCACAACAAUAGACAAUCACAGUCUGCUUAAACUAAUAACACACAAAGAAUGAAAUGUUGCCAUGUUUUUAUUGAACACAACAUGUAAACAUUCACAGUGCAGGUGGAAAAAGUAUGUGAACCCUUGGAUUUAAUAACUGGUUGGCAGCAAUAACUUCAACCAAACGUUUCCUGUAGUUGCAGAUCAGACGUGCACAACGAUCAGGAGUAAUUCUUGACUAUUCCUCUUUACAGAACUGUUUCAAUUCAGCAAUAUUCUUGGGAUGUCUGGUGUGAAUUGCUUUCUUGAGGUCAUGCCACAGCAUCUCAAUCGGGUUGAGGUCAGGACUCUAACUAGGCCACUUCAGAAGGCGUAUUUUCUUCUGUUUAACCCAUUCUGUUGUUGAUUUACUUCUAUGCUUUGGGUCAUUGUCCUGUUGCAACACCAUCUUCUGUUGAGCUUCAGCUGGUAGACAGAUGGCCUUAAGUUCUCCUGCAAAAUAUCUUGAUAGACUUGGGAAUUCAUUUUUCCUUCGAUGAUAGCAAUCUGUCCAGGCCCUGACGCAGCAAAGCAGCCCCAAACCAUGAUGCCCCCACCACCAUACUUCACAGUUGGGAUGAGGUUUUGAUGUUGGUGUGCUGUGCCUUUUUUUCGCCACACAUAGUGUUGUGUGUUUCUUCCAAACAACUCAACUUUGGUUUCAUCUGUCCACAGAAUAUUUUGCCAGUACUGCUGUGGAACAUCCAGGUGCUCUUGUGCAAACUGUAAACGUGCAGCAAUGUUUUGUUUGGACAGCAGUGGCUUCCUCUGUGGUAUCCUCCCAUGAAAUCCAUUCUUGUUUAGUGUUUUACGUAUUGUAGAUUCGCUAACAGGGAUGUUAGCAUUUGCCAGUGACUUUUGUAAGUCUUUAGCUGACACUCUAGGAUUCUUCACCUCAUUGAGCAGUCUGCGCUGUGCUCUUGCAGUCAUCUUUUCAGGACGGCCACUCCUACAGAGAGUAGCAGCAGUGCUGAACUUUCUCCAUUUAUAGACAAUUUGUCUUACCUUGGACUAAUGAACAGCAAGGCUUUUGGAGAUACUUUUAUAACCCUUUCCAGCUUUAUGCAAGUCAACAAUUCUUAAUCGUAGGUCUUCUGAAAGCUGUCUUGUGCGAGGCAUCAUUCACAUCAGGCAAAGCUUCUUGUGAAAAGCAACCCCAGAACUGGUGUGUGUUUUUUAUAGGGCAGGGCAGCUGUAACCGACACCUCCAAUCUCAUCUCAUUGAUUGGACUCCAGUUGGCUGACAUCUCACUCCAAUUAGCUCUUGGAGAUGUCAUUAGUCUAGGGGUUCAUAUACUUUUUCCACCUGCACUGUUAAUGUUUACAUUGUGUGUUCAAUAAAAACAUGGCAACAUUUCAUUCUUUGUGUGUUAUUAGUUUAAGCAGACUGUGAUUGUCUAUUGUGACUUAGAUGAUCACAUCACAUUUUAUAACCAAUUUGUGCAGAAACCCAUAUCAUUCCAAAGGGUUCACAUACCUUUUCUUACAACUGUGUGUAUGUGUGUGUGUGUGUGUGUGUAUGUGUGUAUAUAUAUGUGUGUAUGUAUAUAUAUAUAUAUAUGUGUGUGUGUGUGUGUGUGUGUAUAUAUAUAUAUAUAUAUAUAUUAGUGUCCAAUAGCUAUCCUCCUGUUGGCGUAACGCCCAUGAGGCUUUGUCAGCCUAAAGAUUCUUGGAGUGUUUAGUCCUCUGACUGCAGAAUGUCUAGGUGUUUGGACCUUCUGAUAAAUACCCUCUGUAUAUUUAUGACUGAGCUAGAUCAUGCUAAUUAUUUCCUUUCUUGCUUUUUUUUUUUUCCUAGUUGGGAAGACAUCUUUAAUUACCCGGUUCAUGUACGAUAGUUUUGACAAUACUUACCAGGUAAGAUCACAAUAAGUCUGUUGCUGUGACCAUCAUCUGUCUGCACUCUUUACGUUUGUUUAUUUUUUGGCUUGUUAAAGGGUACCUGUCAUGCCUCAAACUAUUUAUACUCAUUUAAACAGCAUGAAAUUCCAUCUAUACAGAUAGUGCUAGCAGGGAGAAAAAAAUGAUUUAAAAAUAGGUUUCUCCCACCCGUCAGUCAAAUCAUCGGCACUGACUGACAAGGUAGAACAGAAAGAGAUUUCCCACAGAGGGUCCUACUCUCCUAAGCAUAGAAACCACUGCGCAUGUGCUGUGGAGCAAGCUCUGGCGUGAUAUUGACAAGCCAGCAUGCUGGUGUCACACUGCAGGUUUGCCCUGCUUGUGGAAGUAUCCCCAGGAAGAGUAAAUCAAGGAGGCCCAGAUAAUGUACCUGGGGUUGGCAUUACACUGGACAUGGCAAUACUGGAACGGAUGUGGUGAGUGUAUCUUGAUGUUUUCUUUCUGAUAUUUAAUGUAUUCCAUGUAUAAGGGGGUGAUUUUAGGUAAGUACUAUUUUUUUUUCUCCCAGUUUCACUGUAACUUUUGUCAACAAUAAACCUGCGAUCUGUAGUAUUGAAGGACCUGGACUAGCGCUACUUUCCUUUACAGUUCAUAGGUUUUAACCUUUUAAAUGCCAAUGAACUCGUUGUUCGUUGCCCGGAUGUUGAAUGGCUAAAUUUGCCAAAGAGAGUGCUACAUGUAACCAUGUUUCUACUCCACUCGGCAUUCAAACGGGAGGAAUAAAAGACUUUGUACGUUUCUCUGCUUGAAAGAAACAGUAAUGCCGGUCUUACAUUGCACAGUUAAACUUUCCUUUAAUUGUGUUAUUUCACCGUUUUUUGGGGGGGUUUAUGUUUUCCUUUGUUUUCUCUUCCAGCGGUGUUUAGUCUCCCCCCAAGCUUUGUAGAAUUCUUAAUGUGUUCAUCUCCAGCACUUCUACUGAUAGACAAUUGGAUGCUUCUAUUUCUAUAUUUCUGUCCCAUAAUUUAUUUUUCUUGCCAAAAUUCUGCAAGAUAAAAUGUUUAGGGGUAUUAUACCCAUCUGUAAAUUAAAGCAAUAAUACAAUCUCAUUUAUAGAAGUCAAACUUUGGCAUUUCAAGGAAACACAUUUUGUUUGUUACCUGUGACAUUGUCUCCAUUCUUUUAAACUUUCUGGCUAUUAACACCACCUGCUGUCCAUCACAAAAACACUGGUGUAUAUGGUGUGAUUUCAUAUGUUGUUUUACAUCUACAUCACUGGAUUAAUACAGAUACAAUCCCUACUACAAUUUAUUACCUGUCGGGUUCCACACUCUUCCUGACGAUCGUGUACAACUACACUUUCAUUAUAGGUGCCUCACAUAUUGGGGAACAACAAUAAAAUAAUGAAUGAAUAUCUCCUAAAUGUUUUACUUGUAUUACAGUAAUGCAUGUAUAUCUCUUUAAGGGUGGUAAUUAAUUUUAGUUUUCUUCAUCUUCAGGCAACGAUUGGUAUUGAUUUCUUAUCCAAAACAAUGUACUUAGAGGAUCGAACAGUAAGUAUUCUGGGAUCUGUGAAAGUUUGAAAAAACGUGUCGACAUGCUAGAGAAAAUGUAGGAUUAAGAGAACUCAGAAUAGUAAUUUUGCAUACAGGUGGAAUGAGUAAUACUGUAGAUCCUACAGUAUGCUUCUUUCUCAGCCACCCCUGACAUAAUCAGUAUAAUAGCAGUCAAUGGGGCAUGAUGAUAAUGAUAGCCAGAAUACAGUAGAUCGUACUGUAUGCCUCUCUUCAGAUCUCCACUUCUCAAUAUUUCAUAUUCCCUGACAUCUGCAGGAAUUUCAGUCUUCGGUGAAUAGUUCUUUAAUGAACCAAAAUAGCAACAACUAGGCGUUGUGUCCUGUCCCAAGCAUGAGCAUCCUCUGGACACCUUUAAAGGAGCACUGUGAACACUACAAUCACUGCUGCGUAUUGUAGUUGUUGUGAUGUUAAUUUUAGAUGACUGUUUAUUAUUAAAUGUUUUGUGAGUGGUUUGAUAAAUUACGUUAGUAAUUCCUAAUUAUUUCCCAUGACUGUCAAGAUUGGAUGAAUAAUUUAAUAGGAAAGAAUAGCUUACCUCAAUUUAUACACAGGCUCCCACACCAUCAACGUCUAAGGUAUCCAUCCACUCUUUCUAAACAUCUACACCCUAAAAUGCAGCAAUCAAGAAGGGUUACUUUAAAUUUGUUGUUUAAAAAAUCAUCGAUUUUUCUGCAGAAAUCUAGUUUGAGAUUAAAUUGCUGUUUCCUGUACCAGCUGGGGUCUAUGCACUGAGCUAUUAUUUGCUGGGUGAACUCGAACAGAUAACGGCAUAUUAUUACGGUCAGUGUUCAGCAUGAGGUCAGGAAGCCCAUUCAUGUGAAACAGGACAACAAACAUGCAAUGGCUAUAAGGUGAUCAGGAUGGAGCCUUGCAGUGCUCUGCAUUCACUCUUAUAUGACUUUGAUCUGAGACACCAGCAAACCAAUGCCGCAAGACGCCCCCUAACUUGUACAUCUAUAGCGGCGUUCCAGACACAUCUCCAAAUACUUAAACUGCAUCAUUUUCCACAUUUUAGAGCCACAAACUAACAUAUACUAAUACUGGAGCUUGGUCUUUAAAAACUAAAAUUAGCUGCAGGUAUCGCUUGUCUUGCUGUAAAAGUAACAAAACAACUACAGAUAGUGAAAAUGGCAGAGUAAAAUCACAGAAUGCUUUGACAACAUUUUUGGAUUUUGAGCAAUAUUUUAUUACCUUAUAUGUAGUAGGUUGGUGUGGGGGAGGGGUAUUAACCAUUUUCUUCAUUUAUUCAAUAUGCUAUGUUCUUAAAUACACACACCUUGACUAUGCAUAGCCUUCUGUCUCUGAAAAGGCAGUGUUUACAUUUAAAUGCCUGAAGGGAGCUAUUAUACUCACCAGAACAAAUACAUUAGGCUGUAGUUGUUCUAGUGACUAUAGUGUCCCUUUAAGCUACUCCUUGUAUCAAAGCUGGUCAAGCGUAGAAAAAAAUACAUAAGACAAAGAAAUCCCUACUUUGUCUUAUUUUUUGAAGAAAACUAAAGCAGAUCUGAAGAAAACAGAUUCUGAGAGAGGAAGAGAAGAGAAAGCCAUUGGGGAAAGGUAAGUUCAGUAUGACAGUGCCGCUUUAAGUAGAACCAGCCUAUUCAAGCAGGGCGAUAUGGGGGUUUAUUGAGGGUUCAUCUUGGUAUGUAUAUUGAGUUAUCUCUACGAUCUAUUUGAUUGUCUCUGUCCUACAGAUCAGAUUGCAGCUCUGGGAUACCGCUGGUCAGGAAAGAUUCCGCAGCUUGAUCCCCAGUUACAUCCGUGAUUCAGCAGCUGCCGUAGUUGUUUACGAUAUCACAAGUAGGUACCUCUGGACACACACUCUGUUGACGUUCUGUUUAUUUUUUUCUUUCUUCCCCCCUCCCCUCUUCUGCUGUGCGACGAUCCGCCUUUGUUAGGUCCGGUUGCAAUUAUGGGACACAGCAGGACAGGAGCGGUUCAGGAGUUUGAUCCCUAGCUACAUUCGCGACUCCACUGUGGCAGUUGUUGUUUUUGAUAUCACAAGUGAGUUUGGACAGGACCUUCUAUUCCAUUUCUUAUACUGCCGUGUUGUAGCCGAAUCCGCAAUGCGAACCUCUUUAUAACGGAAUCAUUGAUGGACUCUGGCUACAUUGUAUUAAAUGUAAAUCCUUAGAGAGUUAAAACCACUAUUUUAUAGUGUUUCCGGUUUAAUCGAAUGCUGCCCCUCCUUAGCCUUUGUUUGUUUUUCUCCCCCAUUGUGUGGCCUGCUUAUCACAGGAACCGCCGCAAUGAUUUCUUAACACAUGCAUUUUCAGUGUAUCCUUAACUUGUACAGCCCCCCAUUCCCUGUGUAAUGCUAGCUUCAAAGCAUGCGUGUGGCGGCUUUGUAAUUGCAAGAUCUUAAACGAUGUUACUAACGUGCAUAGAUUUCUCUUUAAUUUCCAGUUUCCUAUAGGAUACCAUCUAGUAGUUGACUUAUUGAAUCCAAUGAAUUCAUGUUUUAGCUAACUGGGCCAUAACGCCUUCCAUCUGUGUUAUUUGGCCUUGAUCAUGUCAGCAGUUCAGUCCCACGUAAUGUCAGCGGUCUGAUCCUAUGUCAGACAUGAGGUGUUUUGUCAUUUUUUAACACCGGAUGGGAUUGUGUCUAUCAUACCCUGCUGUCCGUCUCUAGCAAUGAUCCGUUAUAAGUGGAGAGCACUGCGCUGUGUGUGCAUGUCACCUGCGCUUGCUCACUGUGAUGUCUAGCUUCACGUUAUGUAUAUGUCUCAGUUGCAUGUUUGAAUGUUCCGCAUGCAGUGUAUGUUAAUUUGUGCACUCCAUUGCCCUGCAUUAAAGCCUAGAUUGUUCCAAUUUGAUGAACUUGAUAAAUAAAGUUCUGUAUCACGAUUAAACUGUUGAAUAUUACAGGAGUGCACAGUGCAGCCGUGCCCUGCACAAUCUCAAGCAGUCUUUGUAAAAUUACUACCACUGCAAGGGCUUAACAUAAUUUUGGUUUGAAAAUUUCAAUAUUAAGAUUUCUAUAUUUCAUUACAUUGUUUUGGGCUAAUUCCCAUAAUAGAAUUGUUCAUCAAAAUCUGUUUCAUGUGUAUUUUUUUCCUUCUCUUAAAAUGUCUUGUUUUAAAUAGACUGUUUUAUAAAUAUAUGGAAUGCUUUUGAAUUUAUGGUUAAAGGCAGCCAACUACCAAGUUUUGUAAUUCUUUGUAGUAGAAAGGAAAAAGAGUUCAACUUAUCUUGUUUCCACACAUGGCUGGUCCUGUUUCUUUGGCUGAGAUCUUUCGAAACUGAAGAUCUCAGCCAAUCCAGGCCUUUCUCAUAGGAAAGUUUGGGAGACUAGUGCGCAUGUGCGGCAGAAUGCUGUGCCAAUCAUAUGGUCUUUCAGAGACCAUCUGAUUGAAAUAAUAUGACCACCACUAGAGGAAAGUUAACACUGCAAAGAAAACAUUGUCUCAGCCAAAUUGAAAUGUUAUCAGCUGCAGGACUAGAGGGGCAUUGAAGUGGUCUGGGUGCAAUGUCCCAUGCCCCUUAACUCUGUAAUAGUAAUUAUUGCAGUUUCUGAGAAACUGCAAUAAUUACCUUGAAGGUCUAACUGCUCUUCUAGUGGCAGUCUACCAGACAGCCACUAGAUGGACUUCCGGAAUUGAAACGAAUCUUUGGUCCGUUAUCUGACGCUGGGCGUCCUCACGCUAUGCCUGUGCAUUAGGUCUCCCCGCCGGCUCACGUUGGUGGGGGAGGAGCAGGGUCGGGGCUUGACCGAGCGCCGAGGGACAUCAGUGCUGGAUUCAGGUGAGUGACCACCUUCGGCCGCGUGAGUUUGUUUCCCUGGCACUAUAGAAUCCCUUUAAAACAAGGCACAUGGCACCCAGACCACCUUAUUGAGUGUUUUAUUUAAAGGGACACUAUACUCACCAAAUCAACUUUAGCUUAAGUGAUUUAAACAUAGAUAAUGCUCUUACUUAGAAGUUAAAUCACUUUGUUUAUGCAACCCUAGUCACACCUCCCCUCCAGUGGUACAGCCUCCCUACCCACUUCCUAUAGAGAGAGAGAUUAAUUUUCAAACCUUCUUUAUUGCCCAAUUCCAAAUUAUCUAUCUCCUAUUAAUAGCCUGCUCGAACAUUCUGUGUAAAGUUGAAUUAGCAGAGCAGGAAAUGUGCUGUGCUGUAAGAUCUGAUUUGAAAAUCAUUGAAACAAAAUUUUUCAUGCAGGUUGUGUAAAUCACAUUAAGGUGAGGUGUGCCUAGAGCUGCAUUAGCAAAAAUGAUUUAACUUCAAAUAGCUGAGAAUUGAGCAGUGAGACUUGCAGGGUCAUGAUCUUUACACCAAAACUACUUUUAUUAGGCUAAAGUUGUCUUUGAGCAUAGAGUGUUACUCUAAGAUAUUUUAUUUUUUUGACCAUUUGAUUAUCAUUAUCAGAGUGAAGGGUCUUUAGGUGAACAUGUCCUUCCUUACAUGUACACGGUGACUUUUAGACUACACACUGAAUAUUGUCAGAUUUUGACAAAGAAUGUUAUUGUGCUUGAAUUAAACCCUUUAAAAUAUAUAUAUAUAUAUAUAUUUUUUUAAAUUGUUCAACGAUCGCAUUUCCUAACAGAACAGACAGUCCAGAUACUGUCAGCAUAGACAUUUUAUCUUUUAACUGUUUAAACUACACAAAGACAAGGUCUGGAAAAUGUAGUCACUUUAGAGACCGUUUGCAAACUCUGGUGAAAUACUACUUCUUAUCUCUCAAAGGCAGUCCAAGUUGACUUUGUCUCUUUCUUUAUGAAAACCACUAGAAAAUCACAAUCUCAUUAGAGGUGGAUACUUUUAAUUUGUUGUACAUUCCAGAAUCUUCAUUUUAAAUGUUGGGGUUUUUUUUGGGCGUCCCUCCCUCCCAACCUGUAGUAGGCUUCUCUUGCUUGCUCCAAAAAUGCUUCUAUGCAUGAUGGGAGUUGUAUUUCUAGGACUGAUGGAAAAUUGUAACAUGCAUGUUUGUUACCUAAAGUCCAUCUGUCCAUGUUGUGGUGACUGGUUAAUGUACCUCUAUAUCCAGAGCAGUAAAUACAGGUUAGUUUUACCUGGAUAGGGCAUAAUGUAAUUUCUCCACUCGAGAUCCCGCUUGCUAUCCAUGCUUCAAACCAACGGGUUUUCCUCACUGUAUGUGCAUGAGACACCUCAAAGUGUUCCUGGGGUGAAUAUGAGGGCAGGACCCCUAUCAUCUGCAGGAUCUAAUGGUGCCUGGUCUGCAAUUUCAGCCUCAGCUGCUGCGAGGAGAAGAUGGUUUAUAUAUUUUUUACAUUUAUUUUGCCUUCUUUUGAAUCAACCAUAUAAACAGAUGUGUGGAUUACACAUGCGCAAAAAUUUGUUUUAAAGUGGCACUGCCCAUCCGUCCCCCCUGUUUAAAAUAAGUUUUUCAUAAAGAUAGAAACUUUAUCAAAUGCUCAUAACUGACUGUGUUGGAAUUUCACUGAAAUGCCAACUCCAUCAAAAGAUACUGUGAGAAAGUAAGGGACUUUUUUUUUUCCUCAAUGCUUGGCACAAGGCAGUUCUACUGCCGUUAAGCUUUGGGAUUUUCCCCCAGCCGUCACCAGUGACUGUGGUACUUAAAUUAAGCUCUUUCUAUGAAGGAUCCUGCAGUCUUGCAGAAUCCUUCAUAGACCUCAAUGCUGUACAUGAGACCACAGCACUGACAUGGGCUCCUGGCAGCUGGAGCGCUAGAAACUGGAGGGAAGCAGACAGAGAAGGAUGGCUGCGCUCACAAGGGACAGGUUCGGGUCAGUAAAUCCUGCCCUUCCCUUCCCCCCCCCCCAGCAGACCCGCAGUGGUGAUGUCAAAUUAUGAUGGUGACAGAGCUUCUUUAAGAAAUCCAUCUGAAUAAAAUUCCUGGUAACUAUCCAACGAGUCGAUUCUGAAUCAUAUUACCUGUGGAGUCUGUAAGUGAGAUCGAUUUUGUUCUAGUAUCGAUUAACAGGAGAUUUUAUUCGACAGAAUUUCUUAAAACAAAUUUUUUUCACAAAUCCUGUGUGGAUGGUUGAAGUUGUUAGAUCUGGCAUUCUUUUUCUACUUGGAUUACAGUUACUGUAAUAAUGGUUUGCAGGAAUUACACACUACCUGUCGAUGUUCCUUGAGUAGAAACAUUUCAAACCACUGCCCAAGAUUUGUGACUGCUACAUUAAGCUGCACAGACAUUUAUAAACUUAAUUUCCAUGGAACUGAGCAUCAUGGGAAAUGUAAGCUGUACGUCAGACACCAGUGCUCUAGGGUUCCUUUAACUUUGCCAAAGAUGUGAGAUCCAUCCAUCCUGCACACAAAACAUUGAAAUGUGAGACAUCAUUCAUUGACCUGUUGUUUUUUGCUGUUCUGCCAGAUGUAAACUCAUUCCAACAGACCACAAAAUGGAUUGAUGAUGUCAGAACGGAGAGGGGAAGUGAUGUCAUAAUCAUGCUAGUUGGAAAUAAAACAGAUCUUGCUGACAAAAGGUAAGGAAUGGCCUUGGGUUUAUGAAAUUUAUGGCCAUUAUGAGUUUUUGCAGUGUGUAUUUAAGUGAAUUGUUUUACUGUUGCCAACAUGGGUUCUCCCAUUCAUGUUCCCAAAAACUAUUCAGUAGACGGCCACGCUGUUACACCAAAUGCCUCAUUCUCCUUCUCUUAUAUUCUCAUACCACAUCAACACCAUGCAUGUUCUUUUCAGUGUGAAGGCUCUGUUGCUUCACUCCGCUUACUGCUGAAGUGCUUGCUUCUGUUAAGGGACACUUUAGGGACACUUCUAGAAUAUGUUAUAGUGCAAGUAAACUCCCUGUCAUUGACCCAAGCGCAACAAUUGUCAAACACCCAUGAUUCAAACUGUUUUUUCUCUGCCUAUACAAAUAGUUCAAAACACAAUAUGUAACAUCUCCUUACAGUUUUCUUCAAGACUUACUGAGCCAGUGUCACAGUUGUGAGCAUGGAAGUAUUCAGCUCCAUUUAAUGUCAGUGGUGCUGUUUUUAUACGGAUAGCGGCUAUCUGCCCAAAGAGAAGUUCAGUUUAUCAUAUCUGUUCUGAACUACAUGCCCCAUAUCCUCAACUGCCUUUGACAAACAAAGCAUCAGGACUGUUUCGGCCACUUCCUGGUUUGCUGAGAGUGUGCUGCAGAAUCAGUCUUGGCGACUUGCAUCAAACACAUGAACUUAAAGCAGGACUGUCACCGUCUGGGGCCUUUGCAUUAUUUGCAAAAAUCCGUAUGGUGACAUCACUGCUUGGGGUCCGACGACUUGGAGAGGCAGGCAAAGGUGAAUUCUACUUACCUGAACUUCUCCUUUGCGAGCACCGCCAUCCUUUUCUGUCAUAAGCAAGAGUACAGCAGUGAGCUCUAGGUAAGGAUCUCUCAAGACCGCAGAGUCCUCCUUAGUCAAUUUCCCUGCAGCCGUCACUGGUGAUGGCUGGGGGAUUAAAAUGUCUUGGUGGCGGUAGCUUUGCCCAGUGUCAAGAAGUGUCAAGCGCAGGAAGAAUACUGCGACAAAGUGCAUCUUUUGAAUAGUUUGGCAUUUCAGUACGAAUAUUUCAUCAAGAUUUUAUCUUUGUGACCUACAGUGUUUGGUCUUUUAAUGUAAAUAUUGACAACCCGUUCUGUUUUUCCUUCCUUUUGUGGUAAACUUUUGACCCAAUAAAAACAUCCCCUUUGUGUUAUUUCUGCAGGCAGGUGUCCAUUGAGGAAGGGGAGAGGAAAGCAAAGGAACUGAAUGUAAUGUUUAUUGAAACUAGUGCAAAAGCCGGUUACAAUGUAAAACAGGUGAGUGAUUGCAUUGAUCUAGUAAUAUUGCUCUGUUGUGCAGCUGGAACAUGUUUACUACCUAAACAAUGGUCUAAUUCAGUGUUAGAAUGUCUUGUCUUCCUGCAUGCUGAAUAGGAUUCUAAUCAGGAAUUCCAUCCCUCUGAUAAGGUGGGAAUUGUAGCCCAUAACCAAGAAAUCUAUGCUAUUGUCGGUUAGGUCCCAUAACCAAUUGCACUACUUCUCGCAUGUAACGUGACCCCAUAGUGCAGAGAUGGUAACAUUAGUACAGCAGAUAUUGGUAGAUUACUUUUGUCAUCAUAAACAGCAAACCGUUAAUAUGAGAUGUGUCCAGGUUAUCCAUCACAAUCGAACAAAGAACGGCCUUACACGGUCCAGAGUGAGAUAAAAUAUUCCAUUUUUAAUAGGGCACUAAUGCUCUUAAAAUAGGCCUUAAGGUUUGAAUAGUUUCUCUCACUACUGCCCGUUUAUGGAUUCUGCUUGGAGGGGGGUUCGCUGUUUCCCCCCAGGAUGGGGCUCCGGUUUAUUUAUAUUGCACUUCUACCCUGAGUGCAGCAUCCAUUUUACACAUUUUAGGCUAGCCAUCAAUGCUUUAGUUUGUUUGGAUAUGAAUACCUGCGACUUUACCUCCUUUUGGUUUUAGGUAACUGUGAUGUUAUCCCAUUUCCCUUGCUGCCCUCAUUACAGUUUAUUGCCUUCUUCAAUAUCAACAUUUGUGGUUUUUGUGUUUCUCCAGCUCUUCCGACGUGUGGCGGCUGCCUUGCCAGGCAUGGAAAGCUCACAGGAUAAAAGCAGAGAAGACAGUAUCCUUUCCAAGACUCUCUCUAUUUUACUCCUAUUUUGCUAUUAUCAUUUUUGAAGACCAUAUAAAAAAAAAUGAUAAUAUAGAGGCCUUAUAGUAUAUGGGACAAGAUCAACACCACAUAAAAUAUCUGUCAAACAUUUUGCUGUCCAUUUAAAGCCACCCUACUGCUUUCCGUUAAUGUGGAUCAGUCACUGGGAAAUGUGAGGACCGCGAGGCCCACUUCAAGUAAAUUAAAAUCUAACUAGUGGAGAUGGUAGCUGCCAUUUACAUCCAGGAAUAUGCUGUGGUGUGUGCAUGCAUCCGGCUGCUCAAACAGUAACCAGUUUUGCCAGGCAUUGCUGGCAGUUUUUUUCAGUAUUAUGUAUAGGUUAAAGAGACACUAUAGUCACCAGAACAACUACAGCUUAAUGGGGGGCAAGCCACCUAAAUGGUGGGUUAAACAUUAUAGGUUAUGUUUGUGUUCCUGACUCUAUACUGUUUCUUUAACCCUUUCCCGACCAAGGCCGUAUCGAGUACGUCCAAAAAACAAACAAAAAAAAACUCUAAUGGUAUUGCAGGGAUGCCUCGAUGUUGAGGCAUCACUGAAAUACCCCUCUCACUGCCUGGCUGCCAGAGAACACUGGGUGAUUGCUCCCUCUAGAGCAAACACUUCCGGGUUGCUCUAAAGGGAGCCCGGCAGUGAGGCAGAGCAUCGGAAGCCAUCAGGCAGGCUUCUGAUGCUCUGCCUGUACUGAGUGCCUCAAGGGGUCAAGGCACUCGGUAAAUAUGAAAAAUAAAAAAUGAAAUUAAAAAAUAUGGCCCCAAUAGGUGUCCACAGUGCUGCCAGCAAGGGACUGCCUGAAAUGACAGGUUAUAAAAUAAACUAAAGUUAAUAAAUGUUAAAAAUGUAAAAUAUAUAUGUAAUUUUAUUCUAACCGUAUUUUGAUAUUAAUAUAUAUUUUUAUAUCAACAUACACUUAGAAUGAAAAUAUAUAUAUAUUAAAAUAUUACGAAAUAUACAAAUGUCCAUAUGUAUAAUUACAUAAAUAUAAUAAAAUACGAAAUAUACAUAUGUCCAUAUGUAUAAUUACAUAAAUAAUUUCUUAAAUAUACACGUAGACUUCAAAUAUAUAAAUAUGUGUAUAUAUUUAAAUUCUACAUGCAUAUUUAUGAAAUAUUUUUACAUAAUUAAGUAAUUUUAUUGAUUGCAAUUUGGGGGACUGGCCUGACAACCCAGACAGAAAGUCCAGAGAAUUUAAUUUGCUAUCACUAUAUUUAACCCUGUAACUUUCCAAGACACCCUAAAACCUGUACAUGAGGGGUACUGGUUUUUUGCUUUGUUUUUUAAUUUUUUUUAAAUUUUUUUUUUUUUACAAUUCUUUAUUUUUGUUGUGCACGCAUUAACAACAUGCUUGGAUAGCCACGACAGCUAUAGCAAGCUUAUUAGCAAUAAAGUAUAACAAUAGCAUGGCAUUUCGAGUAAUGGCACAAUUUUUAAAAUGGUAAAGAUAAUUCGCAGAGUCUAACAAAUAGAGUGGGGGGUACUGUUUUAUUCAGUAGAUUUUGCUGAACACAAAUAUUAGUGUUUCAAAAUAUUAAAACAUAUCGCAGCGAUGAUAUUGUCAGUGAAAGUGAAGUUUUUUGCAUUUUUCACACACAAACUGCACUUUGAUGAUAUCAUUGUUGUAAUACGUUUUACUGUUUUGAAACACUAAUAUUUGAGUUCAGUGAAGUCUCCUGAGUAUAACAGUACCCCCCAUGCAAAGGUAUUAUAGUGUUUUUGAAAGUUAGAGUCAAAUAUAAGGCUGUUUUUUGGGGGGUUUUUUCACAUAAAAAUUUGCCAGAUUGGUUAUGUCGCCUUUGACAUAACUCAGGAAUGAGAAUUACCCUAAUGAUGGCAUACCAUUUGCAAAAGAAGACAAUCCAAGGUAUUGCAAAUGGGGUAUGUUCAGUCUUCUUUAGUAGCCACUUAGUCAAACACUGGCCAAAAUUAACAUUCAUAAUUGUUUUUUGCAUUUUUAACACCCAAACAAAUAUAAAGGCUAACUUUGGCCAGUGUUUGUGACUAAGUGGCUACUAAAAAAAGACUGGACAUAAGGUAAAUUACCUUGGCCGGUUUCAAAAAUGUCCCAAAUAGGACAUGGGUGCAUGAUGACAAGCUGUAAAAAUUCCAAGUUGGAAAACUGGAAUGCGCACCCUCCAAAUAAGGUCUUUUAGCCCCCAGAGAACCCGGCACACCUAUAUAUGGGUGGUAUCCCUGUACUCAGGAGAUGUUGCUGAACAAAUAUUGGGGUAUUCUUUGGCAGUAACUCUUAAAGUUCUCAGUACAUGUAUUCUUAAAUUGCUAUGUGUGUAAAAAAAAAAACUAUUAUUUUUAUUUAAAAUUUGGCAUAGAUUGGUGGUAAAAUGGUUGCAUGGAAAGAGUGAAAAAUGUAAUGUUUAUUACCUUAGGUUGUCUUCUUUUAAAAAAUAUAUACAUGUAAAGAGUUAUUCAGGGAUUACUGACAGAUAUCAGUGUUACAAUGUAACUUACGUUCAUUUUGAAAUAAAAAUGGUUUGAAAAUAGCCAAGUGCUACUUGUACUUAUAGCCCUAUAACUUUCCCCAAAAAAGCUAAGAACAUGUUUACAUUGGACAUUUCUAAACUAAUUUAGAAACUAUUUAGCACGGGUGUUUUUUGCCGGUAACAGAUUUUUGGGGUCAAAGUUAAAAAAGGUGUGUUUUUGGGUUGGUUUUUUUACACCAUUUUUUUUUUCAUCAUAUCUUAUAACUUUUUUUUUUUUUAAUUCUUUAUUUUUGUAAGUGCAAAAGUAGGUACAUUUGUCAAGAUGGCCACAUAAGAUUACAGUAGUAGGCAAAUAAAGACAAUUCUGGUGACAUAUUUGUUAUGCAUUGCACUUUGUUUUUGUUUGAAUGAGAAAUUCACGAUUCGACCAAAAAGAUUUGACAAAGGAAAUUUACCAAUAAGAGAACAAAACAGGCAUAUCAAAGUGACGCCAGGACAGGCGUAGCUUAAUAGGCAGAAACAUGUCCUAGCUUUGCGCAACAUCAUAUUAUGGUGUGCAUGGAUAUAAAGCGCAUGUGGGCUCGCUAUGUCCCAACGGUGUUGACCAGCUUGAUAUCUAAUGUUUAUUAACAAUUAGUCAGCAUGUUAAAAGUGUAGCUCAUGGUUAUAUUGUAACGUUAUAGGUUAUAGGUUGUGAGCGUAUGGGCGCUGUAAAAGGAUUGUGCUUGUGUUAUACUGUUUGGAACUAAAUAUAUCUAAAUGAGUGGGGGUGAGUGGGGCCUCUCUCGAAGCUCCUGCCAGACAUGUCGAAAGGGCACUGUUCGUGCGUGAUUGGGCUAAGAGCCUUAUAAAGUAGGCUGGGGCGUUAGUGAGUGCAGGCUGAGGUUUUAUUAAGUGCCAGCUGGGGCGUUAUUGUGGAUGCUACUGUAUGACCACGUUCGAAAGUUUUUAUGGGAAAACAUGGUAGUGAUUUGUGAUGUAGUGUUGUCUAGAAGGUUUAUGCCGUGCUUAAGGUGGUAGGUCAGGAAGUUAAGCAUAAAUUUUAAGCGGCCUCUGCCUAAUUUAGUUGUUUAGGUACGUGUUGUAGAUAUGGGUGUCUAUAUAGGUGUGGUAAACCUGUAGUAUGAGUCAGCAUCAAUAAACAACAACCAAAAAAAAAAAAACCCCAACAAACACCCCACUUAGAAAAAUAAAAAUGCGAGCAGACAGUCUCGGUUACUCUCGCUGUGGAUGGGUGUUUUUGUCUGUUGGGCAGUGGGCCAGGUUGUUGCCCUGUUAAGGAAAAAAGAGGGAAAGCGUCCCGAUAGUGUUUGUUCUGUUUCAGGUUGUGGGAGCCGCACAUGGUCCUGUUGGGGGCUGUCGUGGCACAAAGAUUGGCGCGUCAACUGCACCCCUCCCUGGUCUGCUUGUAGUUCCAGCCGGUGGGUUAGCGGUGUCCGGUGCCGUCAGUGGCAGCUGCAUGUCUUCCAGUGUCCUUGUGGCCUCUUGUAUGUUCCGCACCACUAGAGGGCCGCUUGCGCCCUCGAUGUGUAGUGCGCGCCCUGGACCCCAGCGGUACCUGAGUUGUUUCUGCCUCAAGACGGACGUAAGCUGUCUGAGGGAUCUUCUCCAGUUUAGCGUUCCGCUUGAGAGAUCUGCAUAAAACGACAGUCAUGUCCUCAAAAGUGUAGGUGGUUAGGCCCUUGGUGGCUCCUAGAACAGCCCUCUUGUCCCUCGCGCUUUGAAAUCGGAGGAUUAUGUCCCCUGUGGCAGCUGGUGGUGCUGUAGGUGGCCGUGGUAUGCGGAAGAUGUCGUCCAAUAUUAUGGAUUUGGCCACUUUCGGGGUAAAGAGCGCAGUCAGUAGCCGCCUAGCAUAAUGUGGGAGCUCGGCCUCGGGUACAGAGUCUGCGACCCCUCGUAGUUUUAGAUUGUUUUGCCGUCGCUUGUCCUCUUGUGUGGCCAGUUGCUGGUCAUGUAGUGCAGCCAGUUGUUUGAGGUCGUGUACCGUUGCUUUCAGCUCCACUAUCUGGCUGGUGUGGCUGCUUGAGGUGCAUUCCACAGUCCCGAGCCGCGCAGAGAGGCCUUUCAGAUCCUCCCUUAUCGUGGCCACUUCUGCAGAGAUUUUGCUGUGAUGAGAGGCCAUGAGUUCCCUGAUGGCCUCCAUGGUCACAGGUGUGGCAGCCACUGUAGGCACUCGAGGUCUGUCUGGCUGUAGUGGAGCGUUACUCGUCAUGCAGCUCCCUGCUUCUUCAUCGGACGUGCCAUCCGAGAAAUCAGAGCAGCCUCCGUACAGGGACGCCAUUGUUGCGCCGGCUGUCUCGUGGGCCUGCUUCCACAUGUCCCCUAUAUUCAUGCCCAGACGGGGCUUGUCGGGCUUUUGCUUCUUAGUUUUUCUGCCCAUGUGGAGCUGGUAAGCUGUGGGGCACUCCGGGGAGUGCUUGGGUCGGGUUCUGGUUGCGUCGAUUUAGCUCGAUUAGAGUCAGGAGCUCAGCCGCCAUGCGACCUUCCUCGUCCGUUGCUAGACUCCGCCCAUCUUAUAACUUUUUAAUAGUAAAUUAUUUGAUAUGAUAAAAAUAGGAUCUUUAGAAAGACCAUUUAAUGGCAAGAAAACUGUAUAUAAUAUGUGUGGGUAGGGUAAAUAAGUAAGAGAAAAAUGAUUGCUAAACACAAACACCACAGAAAUGUAAAAAGUUCUUAACGGUAAAUAAAUUGAAAAACUGUCUGGUAACUAUGGGGUUAAAGUUGCUCUGUUACUACAAGAUAAUUUCAAUAUUUUAUCCUCUUUACAAAAAAUACUUGUAUUGACUGAAUUCCAGCACAAUCCACAUCCAUCAUCCUCCAAAGUAGGGUUAUUGUUUGGACCUAAAACGGUAUUGGGAAGGUGUUCCUUAGGAUAAAUGUGAUAUAAACAGUUUUCUCUUUUGUAGCAGGAUAUUGCACUAAUGUAAGGCUGGGCCAUACACUCAGACCAAAAGCCUUCACCCAGCAUCCCAUAACUCAUAUAGUCCUGUUAUUCCAAACCAGCCUUCUUUCAAUUUCAAAUCUGUCUGUGCUAUUCCUUAACACUUAUUUACAGUGAUUGACAUCAAAUUGGAAAAGCCUCAAGAAGCACCAGUCAAUGAAGGGGGCUGCUCGUGUUAACACCAUCCUCCCCUUCUACAGGACAUCACUGAAGACUGCCCCAGAUCCCCCUCUCCGUAUUAACUCUUUAACAGCUGUGUGAAUAUCAGCUUGACCCUCAUACAUCCCUCCCUUUCAUCGCCCGUCUCGCACCCCUCCAUCGCUGGCUGUUUUGUGGCCCUAUGAACAAUCAGCUUCACAGGCUCAUUAAUAUACACACAUACGUUAUACAGUGUCUUCAUUAUUUAAGUGGCACAGAUAUAGUUUAAAACUAUUUUGCCUGUUUUUGUUCCAUCUUAAAGCUACAGUUCACAUCUGGUGGGGACCUUCCACUUGCGUCUACAUGUGAUUAGUACGAUGAUGCAAAGAUGUCUCUUAAUGCUAUCUGUAACAUUUUGGGCAGUUUGGGGAGGGGUACAUUGUAUGGAGCAUGGUUUAAUUAAUGUGCUCAAUAGUUUGUUUUUUUUAUUGCCGAUUUUGACAGAUGACCACGAAGGGUCUGUAGAGAUUAAUAUUUGGGUUUAGUAGGCACCAUAAGAAACAAAAAAUUAAGUUGUGGUCAUACUCCUUACUGUUUUAUAUUGCAGCAUGUUCAUGUUUGCAGAGUGUGAACUGCUGCUUUAAAUAGUAAUCAUUUUAUUAACUUUUUUUUAUUUUAAAUAAAGUAUAAAUAAUGCACUUUGUAAUAUUGCAGAGUAGAAUCACUAACCAGAGUUCUUUUUCAGUGUUUGGUGAAAUAUUGGCGCUUUCCAAUUUACACUUACUGUAUGUGAGCAUUACUUUGGUCACGGUUUUCCCUCCUUUAAUAAUUUCAGCAUGGAGUCAAUGAAUCUUUCUGUUAGAUGAGAUGGUUUGCAAACCAACACACCGGCGUGGGCAUGGUCUCAAUCACCAGUCCGCAAAACACACUAACAACCGUUUUUAAAUCGCAGCAUUGUAAUAUAUUCAGCUGUGUCUGAAAGCCAGCUCUAUACAUUGUUUCUGUCUGUGACCUAGAUUGCAAAUGAUGAUUAAAACAAAAUCUUUCAUGGUAUUAAAGGAAAUCCCAACCAGUUUUGCCUAAAUUUCUAUUCUUCAUCCCAGCUACUUUCGUUAAAUAAGAAAUUAGCAUGUUUGCCAUGAUCCUUGGGAGGCAAUGUCACACAUGUAAAUAGAGUUGUACGUCACUGGACACACUCUGCCACUACAUUUGGAGGAACCUCCUAGCAAUCUGUCAUCGAAUUCAUAUUUGACUUUUAAAUGGAAUGUGUUUUAAUUAAUGAAACUACAAGCAUGUACAUCAUUUUUACACUAUCUGCUAUAUAUACUGUGUGGCAAAAGGGAAGGUGUGCUAAAAAGAGGGAGGCAAGCAAUUUGGUGGUGAUGGACAACUAUUAAGUUAACUGGGGCUAUUGCACAGAAUUAAUCUGUUUAAGUAGAUUGGAAUGCUUUGACAAAAGUACGGUGCUUCAGGGGAUCAAUAAUGCCUUCGUUUGAUAAUUGUACUGUUUUUAUGUCGAUUUGUUCCAUAUUUAUUUUGUAGUAUGUAUUUUCUACAAAUUGACAUCAUUUCUCUUCUGUAGAUCGGAUUUUUUUUUGGGGGGGGGCGGGGGGGGGGGGUGUAAACCUCUUCCCUAUCACCACCCUCCAUACAUAACAUUUAAUGCCCAUAGUCUACUUGCCCUAGAAGUCUCGAUUAAGUCUAAAUAUUGCAUGUAGUUUAAAUAUUGAGUUUUAAAAUGAUUUGCAUGUGUAUUUUUUUUUUUCUUUUUCUAUUCUCAAUUAUGUUAUCAAUUUUAGGAAAAGAGAUAACAAUAAAUACAGAUCAUAUAGUUAUGCAUCUGUAUAUGUCAUUACUGACAGUUGUGUGGCCUAAUGUUUGCAGAAUUCCUGAUCUUUAUCUGAAAUUAGUCAUAAAACAAGACUUUCUGACCCUCAAAUCAUUUCUGGGGACAGGGCUGUGCAGGGAAGUAUGAGCCUGAUGAGCUACAAACUAUAACGAUCUUCCCAUAAGACAUGCUGCUGUCAGUGUGCUCUAUGCAGGAGCAAGUAUAUAUUGGGUUAGGAUGAGAGCCAUUAACAUAGGGGGUUGGGGGUGGGAGAGAGUAUGUCAACAAACGUUUACUGUACUACAUAGUAAAUACCUGCUUGUUACUAUUACAUGAGUCUGUCAUGUCUGUCCAUAUUAAAAUUAUACUGCGGUUUCAAUAAAGAACUAUUAUGGGACAAAAGUGCUAAAACUAUUUUUAGAUUACUUUCCCAUCCUUUUAUUAUAAACAAAUACAAUAUAGAGAUUUCUGUAGUCUAGUGCUAAGCAGUCUCCUUGCUGGAACCGCUCCUCCCUCUGUGAGAUCACCCAUCCGGAUGGGUUGGGGACCCAGUGGGUGUGUGUAGCAGUCACCAUGCUCGGCCAAUCAAGUUCUUCUCAUCGAGGAUCAUUGCAUUUUACAUCGCUUAGGAAUUUGCUGGCGCUAUAUAAAUAGUAAAAUAAUUGCAUUGCUGACUGUGAAGGCUUUCUAUUGUGGAAAGUCGUAAUAAGGGAGUGCCUCUACUGGCUGUCUGACGUUCUUAGUGAUAAAAGUAAACAUGCACAUCCUAUACUAGAACGUGUCACCAUACUGGGUAGCAUGGUGCCUAUUUAAAUGGUCCAACUGUCUACAAUAGCAUAGUGGACUUGAUCACCUGUCGCAGCCUGAAGUUUAAAAUGUUUAUUAGUUCUACCAACCAUCUAGAUUACUGAUUGUGAGCACUUUAGAUGCUGCGUCCAAACUGCAUGAAUUAUUUUAGUUCAAUAAUUAUAAAUAUGUAUCUAUCACAAUAUCACACAGUGAUCGACAGUAGUACAGCUUGACAUACAUUGCUCUUCUCAAACUAUUUAGAUUAGAUAUGGGGUUACCAAUUAAAUUUUCCUGUGGAACCCUUAGACAUAGUGUAUCAACGUUGUGGAACCUGGGGGGGGUGACGUCUCUUAUAUGUCAAGUUGUGUAUAUCCGUGCUUGUAUUUGCCUGUGUGUGUGUAUGUGUAUAUCUGACACACAGAUACACACACCUUUACAGACAGUGUGUCAAAGUGUGUAUCUGACACACAUAAACACACACAGAUAGUGGCACACACUGAUAGAUUCACACACCUUGACACACUGUAUCGGUGUGUAUCUGACACACAUCUUGACUCACAAAUACACGCACUGACACACUCAAAUACAUACAUACUGACACAUACAAUGUCACUGACAAACACAUGUACUCUUUUAGACAUACAAACACAUAAAAACUGCCUAACAGACACACAAUUUUUAUUUAUUUUUUAAUUUUUCAUCCACCCAGCCCUCCCCACCACCACCUUUAUGAGUGCAGGCAUGGGGUCCAGUGGGGCUGCUGACGUGCGGGCGGCGAGGGAGCAGUGAUCUCCCUGCUCAGCUACCUCGCGUGCCUCGGAGUAAUGUCAUAUUCCGGCUUCAGCAUCAUUACUGUGCACGCGAGGGAGCUGAGCAGGGAGAUCACUGCUCCCUCGCCACCCGCGGCCAUUUCACUUUUUAAACUUUUGUCGGAACCCCAAUUGGUGUGGGUUCCACGGAACACCAAAUGGGAAACGCUGGAUUAGAAGAACAAAAUUGUAGUAUUAUUCCACAGUGACCUCCUGUCCAAGAAAUCCACAGCCCUGCUGUAAUUCAUGUGUGAAAAUAUUACUGCAACAAAUAUUGGAAUGAUGCAUGGAGGGUGUUGGCACCCUAUCUGAAUUAAUUUGUGAAUUUUGUUUUUAAUACAACAUGGUGUUAUUAGUUUAAUUUUAUAUAAUGGGUUAAUAGACUUUCCCAAUAACACAUAGGUGCAAAAGCAUAUGGAAACGAAAUUACAUAAAUGAAAAUCACCUGUAAUGUGUGUUCACCUUUUCUUCUGUGGUGGUGUGUUUUUUUUGUUUGUUUUUUUAAUACAUUGGGGAUUUGGUGAGUGACCUAAUCUGAUGCAGUCCAGGCACAGCCAGGAUGUGCAAUGCAAAUGAGGAAGAAAACAAUGUCAUGAGCGCACCCUACUUAGAGUGUGCGUGACGUAGUUGUGGUGGUUCACUAUAUGCACUAGACCGGAAAUAAUGAUUAAAACCCACUUAACACCACUCACACUUAACCAUAAUAAUAUAAAUAUUACUAUUUUAAGGCUGCCACCACCACCCCGACAAUUUAUAAAUGGGGUUCCUUGGUCCCCCAGGUAACUUAAAAAUAAAAUCCCACCAAAUACAACUUAGCACAGUAUCUAUGUAAUUUUAAAAAAAACUCUAAUUAGUCUCUUCAGGUAACGUGAUUCUUUACCAGACAAAGGCAGAACUUAAUAAAGGAAUAUUUAUUAUGAGGAAAAAAGUAAGUGCCUACAAAAAUAUAGAUGACAAUCAAAUUAAUUACACCACCAACGGAUAAAAACAAAAGGGAUAAAAUAACAGAAGUCCUAAUCACUUACUCAGCUUUUCAAAGUAAAACUUCUGCUGUGGGGGUCUCUAGUAAGGUAGAUGGUGACUCACUCUGAAUUAGACUGGCCCCUAAGCAAGUACAAACACAUUUCAGAAUCAUUAGAUAUAUACCCUGUAGGUUACCAAGCCUUGGCUAGAGGUGGAGAUAAAGCGGACCUAAAGAACAAUAAGUGACCACCCCUUUGUGCUCCAGACCAGCAUUAAUCCAAAUGGAAACAUUUAGUUCUAUCUCCUCUUAUGUGCUUACCACAGAAAUAAGAAUAGCAUCUAUGAAUUUACAAUUUUCCUGUUCCAUAGAUAUGUCACACUCCUUACUUGUGACUCAAUAUAGCUGAUAUCACAAUUCCUUCCAAUGUGGGUAAGUCAAAUCAUGUUUAGGCUAGAUUAGAAGAUUGUGCUUGUCCCAUUCUAAAUAUAAUAAAAAUGAGGCUUUUAAAGGUCCACUAUAGACACCCAGACUACUUCAGCUCAAUGAAGUAGUCUGGGUGCCAGGUCCCUCUAGUUUUAACCCUGCAGCUGAAAACAUCAGUUUCAGAGAAAAUCACAGUGAGAAGACGCUGACGUCCAUAGGAAAGCAUUGAGUAAUGCUUUCCUAUGGGCGGUUUGAAUGCGCGGCUUUUGCCACGCAUGCGCAUUCUUCGCUGAUGUCGGCAGAAGGGGGAUGAGUUCCCCAGCGCCAAGGGAGCCUGGCGCUGGAGAAAGGUAAGUUGCCGAAGGGGUUUUAACCCCUUCAGCCCAGCGGGAGGGGGGCUCUAAGGACUACAUAGUGCCAGGAAAAUUAGUUUGUUUUCCUGGCACUGUAGUGCUCCUUUAAUUAUUAUUCUGUGGGUAAGUAAGAAACUAAAUAUUAAACAGAGAAAAAAGAGGAAACCGCGCCCGUAUUGUGAUACAUAAAUACGUACUCAAGUCCUUAUGGCCAUACACUUGCAAUGAUGUACCUCAAAAAGAAAAAAAGAGAUAUACAAAUAAUAGUGUAGCACUGUUAGUAUUCCGUAAGUGAACAAGAAGUAGAUAGAUGUACACUCACAUGUGACAGAGCUAGAAACAGAGCUUUACUGUUCAUGCGCAUAGACGGAACAAUCCCCGUCUUAGGAUAAAUGUAAAGUGGUCCACGUCUUGAAGGUCUCAAAUAAAGAACAUACAGAUAGACAGGGGAAUCCACAUAGUGUAAUAUGUAUUAAAAUCACUUAAGAUAAUGAAUAAGAUGUAAAGUAUCGUACUCACAUUUGCUACAGGUGAAACGCGUAAAGUGGAUUUUUUAUGGACUUUCUCAUUGAGUGUUUCUCAUUUGUUUUUAUUACUUUUUAUGUAUAAUAAACAGUUAUUAUUUUAUAUAUAUUUUUAUCACUCUGAGACAUCCAUUACUAUAUACAUUUGAUGUAGAAUUAUUAAAAUCUUUAUUAGAACCUGUAUUGAAUUAUUGUACUAACUCCAUUUUAAUCUCACACUAUGACAGAAUUCUCCAUUUUUGUUCACCUUACAUGACAGAAUUUCCUGACAGUAUUCAGUAUAAUGAAUAAGAGAUUGUAUUUUCUCUCUCUAAGGACAUAACUAGCCCCGGAGUUAGCGGAUCUCCGUUGACUUGCAACAUAGUAUAAUCCAAGGCCAGGAGAACAGCGACUAAAUGAAAUGUUCUAUUCAUAAAAGAACCUUGGAACAGAC